AUGUCGCAGGUGUCGGGCUCCCCCGGGGCCCCGGCGGCCGGCGGGAAGGAGAAGAAGGCUUCCCUGGGGAAGAGGCUGUUCUGGCGGCGGGGAGGGCUGGUCAGCCGCUUCCUGCGGACCCUCAGCACCCUGUCCCACCUGAGCACCGAGCAGGGCCCCGAGCCGGCCAAGGCGGGCCCCGAGCGAGCCCGCAGCCAGUCCCCCAGCCCGGACCCCGGCUCCUCCCAGCCCCCCCCGCCGCCCCCCGGCAGCCCCCGGGGCCCCGGCCUGUCCGGGCUCAAAAACCACGGCAACACCUGCUUCAUGAACGCCGUGCUGCAGUGUCUGAGCAACACCGACCUGUUCGCGGAGUUCCUGGGCCUCGAGCAGUACAAGGAGGGCGAGGACAGCCCCCCCGGGGGCCACAGCAACUCCCUGCCCAGCCCAGGGGCCCAGAGCCGGGGGGAGGUCACCGAGCAACUGGCCAAACUGCUGCGAUCCCUGUGGACCCUGGAGUACACCCCCCAGCACAGCCGGGACUUCAAGGUGGGAGAGCCGGGGAUGGAGGCUGCAUAUGAGCUGUCAUGCAGGAUGGAGGCUGCAUGGGAGCUGUCCUGCAGGAUGGAGGCUGCAUGGGAGCUGUCCUGCAGGAUGGAGGCUGCAUGGGAGCUGUCCUGCAGGAUGGGGAUGGAGGCUGCAUGGGAGCUGUCCUGAAAGAGAGCAGGGGAUGGAGGCUGCAUGGGAGCUGUCCUGCAGGAUGGAGGCUGCAUGGGAGCUGUCCUGCAGGAUGGAGGCUGCAUGGGAGCUGUCCUGCAGGAUGGAGGCUGCAUGGGAGCUGUCCUGCAGGAUGGAGGCUGCAUGGGAGCUGUCCUGCAGGAUGGAGGCUGCAUGGGAGCUGUCCUGCAGGAUGGAGGCUGCAUGGGAGCUGUCCUGCAGGAUGGGGAAUGCAUGGGAGCUGUCCUGUCCCAAAAGACGGGAUGAUGCUUGUUGCAUGGGAGCUGUCCCGAAAGAAGGAAUGAUGCUUGUUGCAUGGGAGCUGUCCCGAAAGAGGGAAUGAUGCUUGUUGCAUGGGAUCUGUCCCGAAAGAGGGAAUGGGAUUGUGUGUGAAGAGUCCUGCAGGAUGAGGGGAUGCAUAGUAGCUGUCCUAAAAGAGGGAGUGAUACUGGAUACAUGGGAGCUGUCCUAAAAGAGGGAGUGAUACUGGAUGCAUGGGAGCUGUCCCGCAGGAUGGAGGCUGCAUGGGAGCUGUCCCGCAGGAUGGAGGCUGCAUGGGAGCCAUCCGCUGGAGGCUGCAUGGGAGCUGUCCAGAAAGAGGGAAUGAUGCUUGUUGCAUGGGAGCUGUCCCGAAAGAGGGAAUGAUGCUUGUUGCAUGGGAGCUGUCCCGAAAGAGGGAAUGAUGCUUGUUGCAUGGGAGCUGUCCCGAAAGAGGGAAUGAUGCUUGUUGCAUGGGAGCUGUCCCGAAAGAGGGAAUGAUGCUUGUUGCAUGGGAGCUGUCCCGAAAGAGGGAAUGAUGCUUGUUGCAUGGGAGCUGUCCCGAAAGAGGGAAUGAUGCUUGUUGCAUGGGAGCUGUCCCGAAAGAGGGAAUGAUGCUUGUUGCAUGGGAGCUGUCCCGAAAGAGGGAAUGAUGCUUGUUGCAUGGGAGAUGCCCCGAAAGAGGUAAUGGGACUGUGUGUGAACAGUCCUGCAGGAUGAGGGGAUGCAUAGUAGCUGUCCUGAAAGAGGGAGUGAUACUGGAUACAUGGGAGCUGUCCUAAAAGAGGGAGUGAUACUGGAUACAUGGGAGCUGUCCUAAAAGAGGGAGUGAUACUGGAUACAUGGGAGCUGUCCUAAAAGAGGGAGUGAUACUGGAUACAUGGGAGCUGUCCUAAAAGAGGGAGUGAUACUGGAUACAUGGGAGCUAUCCUAAAAGAGGGAGUGAUACUGGAUGUAUGGGAGCUGUCCUGCAGGAUGGGGGAUGCAUGGGAGCUGUCAUGAAAGAGGGAAAAAUGCUGGCUGCAUAGGAGCUGCCCUGCAGGAUGGGGAUUCUAUAGCAGCUGUCCUGUAGGAUGAGAGGAUGGAGAUUGCAUGGGAGCUGUCUUGAAAGAGAUGAGGGAAUGCUGAAUGCAUGGGAACUGUCCUGAAGAAAACGAGGGGAUGUUGCGUGAAAUCAGAUUGCAUGGGAGCUGCCUUGUGGAGUGAGCGUGAUAUCAGAUUGCACGGGAGCUGCCUUGUGGAGUGAAGGUGAUGUCGGAUUGCAUGGGAGCUGCCUUGUGGAGUGAAUGUGAUGUCGGUUUGCAUGGGAGCUGCCUCGUGGAGUGAAUGUGAUGUCGGAUUGCAUGGGAGCUGCCUUGUGGAGUGAAUGUGAUGGGAGCUGUCCUGUGGAGGUGAUGCUGGAUUGCAGGAAUGCUGUCUUGCAGAAAUUAGAUUUUGGAUGGAAGGUUGCUGUCCUGCGUAGAAGUUUUUGGCAGUUGUUUAUGACACUAGAUCAUCCUAGCAAAUAGAGAUACUGGCUGCAUGAGAACACAGUAAUGCUCUUACUUUUAUGGUAACGGUGCUGUGAAAGGAAAGUUGUGUUCCAGGUAGAAGGUCUUGUUUUGUUCGUUCACUAUGAGCUGGCCUGUUGAAAGUUUUAUUAGUGGUAUUGAUGGUAGAUAUCACAGUAGAGUAGGGGUAACAGUGAUUAGAUGGCUAACCUUUGACGGAAUAAGUUGGCACUACAUAAAUACCAAUAAUAAUAAUAGGUUGUGGACUCAGUGGCUGUAUGAGACGUUAUCGGACUGGUAGACAAAAGGGCUAGCAAACUUAGUGACGUGAUUGUAGGGAAGGUUGGUGAAUAAGUGCAACCUGGUUGUGUUAAAGAAAUGGUGUGACAGCGAUGGCCUGGCCUUUGGGAUGGGUUCAUGGAGGUAAUGUGUUGUUUCUUGUUUUUCAGUGAGCCUGAACAUUUACAUCUGAUUCUAGCUGGGUGUGCGCGUGUAAAGUGAUCGUUCGUGAACAUAUGUUUGUCUUGUCUUGUUUUGAGGCAGGUGAUGACAGGCAGUUUGGCAUUUCUGUUUUAAGAAUCAUUAAGGCAGAUGGUUUUACACUUUCUAUCAUCACAGAGAAUCCAAGGGUUCCUUCCUUUCCUGGACUUUAUUUUAACUAAGGUUUCUAAAUAAAAGCCCUCAACACUUUCCAACACCAGCUGUGCUUGCUUAUUGUGCAGGCCAUGGGGUUAUUGCUCACUCCUUUUUAUUUCUUCCUGUAUAUUUUAACAGGGAUUAUUUAUGUAUGAAUGACAGUACUGUUACAGUUUUUUUUUUUUUCUUCAAACACUAAUAUUUAGCAAAUACUUGUGACCGCAUAUACAUAUUAAUUUUCCUUGUGUUUAUUAGCUUAGGAGUGAUGACACAGCACACGUAGGGUGAUUCGAGACCAUAAUUUUGCUAGAUUGCUACACUUCAAUACUGGUGAUCUCUAAUGACGCUUCUUAAACAGAAUGUUUUUUUGAAUUAACCUCUGGGCUUGGUAUACAGAUCUUAUGAUUGUGCAGAAGCCUACAUGAAUAUUUACUUGGAAUGAAAUAAGAUCUAACUUUUGCCUAUUGUACUGUGGAACUUUACGAAAUGUUAACCAAAUGCUUGUGAUGGAUAUACCAUGCUGAAAGAAACAUGUUGGAUCAAGUAUUAAAACCAGAAAAACAUGAUUAGCAGUUUCUGCUAAGAGAGAUGAUGUUUUUUUUAUAACAAUUCUGCCUUGUGUUUCCUUUUCAAAGCACAUAGAAACAUUAGUACUAGGUUUGCUAGAAUCCUCGCCUAUUCCAGUGCCUUUGUCCUUUGAUGCUGGGUCACCGCUCCGUCUCCUCAACAUCUUCCAACAGGGGGUCCUAAUGCACAUGCGUGAUGAACGUUGAUAGCGCAUUACGCUUUCCUAUGGGCAGACUAGAUUGGCUGCAUGGUUCUGCCGUCACAUUCUAUGUUUCUAUGGGGUUUUCACUGACACUUGAUGUCCUCUUGCAGAGCUUGAGGACGUCCAUAGUCAUUUAGGGGACCUGGAGUCCGGUAAACUCCCGGAAUUUCCUCUAGUGUAUGUGUGGUACACUGCCACUAGAGGCUUUCUUGCAGUGUAAACAUUGCAGUUUUUGUCUAAAACUGCAAUGUUUUACCUUUCAGGACUAAGGGGGGAACGGGAAAUUGCACCCGGACCACUUAAGCGAGUGUCCCUUUAAAGAGUAAAGCAAGCCCGAUGUAGUGGUUAUAAUGGUAGGAGAACCCUGAACUGAAAUGGUUUGCCCUCUUACCUGGUCAUACUGAUUCUUGCACAUGCACAAAUAAAAUGAUGCCAAAAAUAUGUGGACUUCCUGGAGCAAUAAACUUAAAUGUAGUUCCUACCGAACAUUCAUUUUACUUGUACAGUAUCUGAAUUUCCUGAAAUGUGCUCUUUUAUGCAAACUAAACUUAAGUUAUAUCUUCGUUGUAUUUUUUUUAAUGAUUCUGAUCACAUUUUAUUGGUUUAAUUUGUAUUCGUCUUUAAUAUAUAUUUUAUUGGUUAUGUUUUAAAAAGCUAUUUGGCUAUUUUAAUUUAAAGGAACAAACAUGUAUUCCUGUCACUAUAAUUAUGAAAACAUUUAUUCGUUUACCAGUCCCCCAUCAGCUAAGUAAAAGGUGAUUUUACUUCAUAACGGCUGGCCCUGCCUAUGCUCCGCCACCUUAAUAGAGUUCAUCAAUCUUGAUGAUCUCAGCCAAUCCAGUACUUUCCCAUAGAAAAUCAUUGGGUGGCUAUUGCACAUGCUCAGCAAAACGCUGCGCUGCUUCAAUCAGCAUCUCCUCAAUUGACAUGAAUUAAAACAGUGCAUCUAUAUAAGGAAUGUUUAGCGCCUCAAUGGAGAAUGUGGAGAUGCUGAACGUCAUGUGUAGCACUGACCCAGGAAGCCCUCUAAUGGCAGUUUGAGUGAGUGUCACUAGGGAUGUUCACAGCUAGUAAUGUCAACCCUGCUUUUUCUCUUGUCUAUAGCCUGUCCCUGCAGGCCAUAGACACAAGAACAACUACAUUAAGCUGUAGUUGUUCUGAUGACCAUAGUAUCCUUUUACAUUUUAAUGGCAAGGCAGGCAAUAUGACUGGUUUAUUUUAACAAUUUUUAGAUAGCUCUGUUAUCUAGAGCACAUUAGAAGCAAUGCAAAAAUACCAUUAUAUAAUACAAACAAGGGAUAUGUGAUUUAGAUACUGAAAAGAAGGGAACCCUACCUGUGAGCUUACAAUCUAGAGGGAAAUUGAACGUUUAGACCCGUGGUAGUCAACCUUUCUCUACCUACCGCCCACUAAUGCAUCUUUCUUGAUCGAAAAAUGUCCUUACCGCCCACCAGUUUUUGCACAAGUGCAGAAUAUUUUUUAGAAAGGAGGGUGUUUUUUAAAAAAAAAAAAAAAGGACAUUUAUCUUUUUAUUUCUACUUUAUGCAUGUUUAUAAUGUUUUUAACUUUAUAAAGUUUAAUGAGAAAACAAAGUAAAUUGAAAUUACCUUUAACUAGUGAUUAAUGAGAUCCUUGAGGUUGAUGCUGCGAGACUAAAUAUUUGAUAUCUGAUUCGAUUUUCGUAAGGAACAAACAAAGGUCUCCUCUUUCAUUGAUAUUCAGACCAUUUCUGUUUGCUCAUAUGAUUUCUCAUCUGUGCAUCAGCUCCCCUCCUCAAUUCCCAUCCCCAUCCUCUAUUUUUUAACCUUCCUUAUAGCAAUGCCCAGUAGAACGGCUGAGCUAGGUAGCCCACUUACUAUUAUUAGCCAACAAUUCUGUCCUUUUCCUUCUUUCUCCUUUUUUACAAGUACUCUAUUCCUUCUUUCUCCUUUUUACAAGUACUCUGCUCUUUCUUUCUCCUAUUCUUAAUACUCUGCUCACAGACAUACACACACACACACACUCACAGAGAAACACAUACACACACUCACACAUAUACUUAGACAUACACACACACUCACAGACAAACACAUACACUCACAUACACUUACAGACACACUCACACUUACAGACACACACUCACUCAUAGAGAAACACUUACACACAGACAAAGAUACACACACACACUCACACAUACACACACAUAUACUUACAGACACACAAAUUAUUAAUAUUAAAUGUACACCCAGCCUCCCUACCUGGAGAGCUGGUGUGGAUCUGUCCCUGGGGUCCAGUGGGGCUUCACUUCGGCGGACGACAGAGUUCUAAUCCGAGGCAGCGAGGGAGCUCUAACCUCUCUGCUCUGCUCCCUCGCGGGUUGUCUACUGAUGCCAGGAGCCGGAAUAUGACAUCAUUUUCCGGCUCCCGCGGCAUCUUCAAACAUCGUGCGAGGGAGCAGAGAGGUUAGAGCUCCCUCGCCUUCUUGGAUUAGAACUCUGCCGUGCCGGGGGGUCCAGAAGGUGGCCCGGCAGGAGGCAGUGCUAACCUCCUGCCGGUCACUGAAAUCUUGCAUCCCCAAGCCGCUCGCCCACUCUAAAAAGGAGAAAUCCUCUCAAAAAGAGGAUUUAGCCGCCAAAAUCCCUACCGCCCACCUGGAAUCCUGAAACGCCCACUAGUGGGCGGUACAGACCAGGUUGACAACCCAUGGCUUAGACAAAAGGUUGUUGGGAGAAAAUACAAUUGAGAAGUAACAGAAAUGUAUCCACUAUUGAGCCAAUAUACUGUACACAGUGGGUAUGAAUAGAUAGAAUACAGAAUCACUAUGUAUUAAAUCUGGGGAAUACAGUAUAAUAUAAGUAAAGUAUAGAAUAGAAACAAGGUUGAUUAGAAACAAGAAAUAAGGUGGGCAGACAAGGGGAGGUGGUGUUGUAUAGAAGUGUUUUAUUGUAAAAGAGUUGACGUAACUGGGUCAUAGUCCAGACUCUGUUUGAAUUUGUAUUUAAGUGUUGCUUCUGGGAGACAGGAAAGAGGCUGGGUCGUCCCCAGAUGAUAAUUUCAUAUCCCCUCCUGUCACGUUAAUACAUUUAAACUGCAGAAAUGUAUUACUGAAAGUCCUUUGUUCUGCAAUAAUGUUAAUAUCAGAUAUAUUCUCCGCACAGACACCUAAAUAAAUAACCGUGUCCUAUGAUUAUCAGACCAUGGUGAGAAAGAUCCUGGCAUUUUUUUCUGAAAUGUGGUGACUGGGCUACAAGGUGACUCAGCGGGCAAUAUUGCAGGAUUAGCGCAUCUGGAGUGUUUGCCCCUAAAGUUCCUUCCCUUGCAACGCAAUGCCAUAUGCUUAUGGACAUUUAGAUAUUCCUACCAUGAUGCUGUAUGCGUAUUAAUGGGCCUACAUACACAGCAUGUGUCAGAACUUUGUAAGUUUCAAUAAAAGCCAAAUAAAUAAAAAAGCAGUUUGUCACUAGAGAAUAAAAAAAUACUGCAGUUUAUAGCUAGGGUCUAGUUAGCCUUUGGGAUUGGAAGUGCUCGAAGGUGAUUGUUCCACUUAACAGCAUACUCUUAUUCCUUCAUGUACCAUCUUGUUUAAUGUAAUGGAUGUAAUACAUUUUUUUUUUUUUGCCUCAUCUUUCAUUGAUUGGCACCAUUUAAAAUACGGUUUAUACAGACUAAAAGUCUGAAGAGUACUUCACGAGGCUGAGGUCACUGUCUUGAUGUUGGCUGAUUGGGAUUAAAACAGCUUUGAUUUGUUCAACUUCUUCAAAAAUAGAUUGUCCGGAAAUGUUCUUUGAUUGUUUUAAUGAGUUUAAACAAAGCAGUGACCUUUGGAAGGAGAGAAAGUACAAGGGAAUAACAUUAGCUAGUCUCUGUAACUUUCAAACAAAGUAAAUACAGUACUGAUGGUCUGCUAAAUAGAUCAAUCUUUAGAUAAUAAAGGCUAUUUUUGUGUUUGUUUUCCCCCCUCUGUCUUUGGCUUUUUACUAUAAAACCUCUGACUAUAGUUUGCUGUAAAUGUAAAACAUAAAUGAAAAAUGCUAUUUAAGUUCCGUAAAUCAGUAAUUAGUUUUGCUUGACCCUGUAGAAAAGUGAGAUUAACCAUCCAUCGUACUUGCAUCCCACCAUCUAUGGCCCACGUGAUAUUGAUAUAUUUGUAUAUGUGAUAUAUUUUUUUGAUAUUCCUCACUUGUUACUUUAAGGGACAGUGCACUGCCCAAAUCCCACCCCCAUCCUUCCUCCUGAAAUAGGAUCAAAAUCAAUGUUUAGUUGAUAUAUAUCUCCAGUAAAAACAUGCAUGCAUAUAAUUAUAUUUGUAGCUUUUGCAAGCCCCACCCUUCUUCCCCAGCCAAGAUUUUCUGUCGCUGUCCAAUCACAGUCCUCCCAGUGCAACUGAAUGAAAUCACAGGAUCUGUUAUCUGAUUGACGGCCAGAGGGUGUAACCAGGUUAAUUUAUAAAAGUGCUAAUUUCUAUUGAAAUCCACACUUUUUUGGUAAAAUGAAAGAUAACACCCUAUUCACACAUAAAGCAUUUCAGCUAACUUAAGUGCUUUAGGGGUAGGAGUGUCUCUUAAAUCAAUACUGCAUUAUCUAGUUUUUUUGUUGCUGAGAGUCUCUGGGCACUGUUUACCACUUUUGUUUUCAGCAGUUUAAGUGAGUACACAAAAAACAUGGCUCUCUUAGCCAAAGAUUUCCCCCUACUCCGCUGCAUUGAUAAUGUGAAAUUCACAUUUGUGUAUUCUCGGUGUCAAAUUUUGUCCCAACUGAAUACCUUUGGCCGAGAGUGCUGAGUUCUCCCAGCUCUCUCAGCCAGUAAUCACAGUAAUAAUUCCUUCAAAGUGAAACUUUUCAUAUAAAUAGUGUUUUUAAAAGGCUUUUUCAUUAGGGACUGUUUAUUGCUGCUUCCAUUAUUGAUUUUUGUUUUAAUGUGUCUCAACGGAAGUCUGCAUACAGUCUAGAGGAUCAAAAUAUGUAUGUGAUUAUGAAGACAAGAUUUCAGAUUUGGGUUAUUUCUAAAUAAAUGUUGUCCCUUAUUCUCUGGGCUAGACGGAUCUCACUUCAGGGGAGCAACCCAGACUUUAGCAAACAUGAUGACUAGUGGCUCGAUACUGCACUAUUUAAAAAGACAUUGUAGGCAAAACAUUAUCAAUGGGACCAGUGAUGCUAGUCAUAAUUUUCUUCACAUCCCAGGGAUCCUGACACCUGCAUAGCAUUUUAUUAAUAAACGUAGCUUGUUUACUUACCUUUUUCUUUGAUGGCAGAGGGUCACACUAAAGGGGUCACGCCAAUGCUUGUGCACACUGAUCAUCACAGACGUCUAUAACUCAAGCCACAGAGUCAAGGAAAUGGAGCUAUGAUAUAGCUGGUAUUUGUUUUUCACAUACUCAAUAUUGUAGUGUCAGUAACAUAGGUGUACAUAAUUAUUGUUUUCUUCUUGUUCCUGCAUCAGAAUUAAUAAAACAAAACUCUGUAUGACUCCCUUUAAUUAUAAAAUUUCUAUUUUGUUAAGAGUUAGUAGUUUUGGCCCUCAGAGGUUUUGUGAUUUUUUUUUUAAAUUUUUUUUUUUUUCGUGACACAUUGAGUGUUGGCGGAACAGUCUAGGUGUGUCAUGCAAAUAAGGUGUCCGACCAAAAGGGGAACGCAUUGCACAGCACUCCCCUCCUGCAGGUUACUCCAUGUACCCAGGACAUACUUGAAAACGAGAGAAAUCUCAAUGUAUCUUUCCUGGUAAAAUAUUUUAUAAAUGUAGCAUGUGCAAGCAGGCGGGCCGCGGUAGAUAAGCUUCUGUUCCCCUACCAUGUCUGACAGGAAGUGCUCAUUGAGAGCACAGAACUGCUUCCUGUCAGAUCGUGUAGGGGAAACAGAAUCUCUUCUACCGCAGUGCCCCCAACCGUGGCAUACUAAAUAAACACGCUACCUGCAGAGAUGCUUCCGUUCUGCUGGAGGAAGUCACGCAUCCAGUCUGACUUUCUCAACUACAAAUUCAUGUUGCGUUCAUACAGUACAGCCCUUGCCCUUGCCAAACAGUCAUACUUUUCCUCCCUCAUAAGCCCAUGCUCCCGCAAUCCCAGGCGUCUUUUUAAUACAUUUAACUCCCUUCUUUGCCCUGCCGUGGCCAACCACCAAACUAACCUUACAGCCUAUAGCUUUGCAUGCUACUUUACUAACAAGAUUGAACAGCUAAGGAAAUAAUUCUCCCCACCUUGCCCCUCUCUUUCUCAACAACACCAAGGUCGUGCCUUUCCUACUCCUCAGACUUUCUCCCAGGCUACUGAACAAAAGGUGGCUACGCUUCUCCUUUCCUCUCGACCCACCACUUGCCCACUUGAUCCUAUCCCAUCUCACCUUAUCAGAUCUCUCUCCUCUUGUUUUGUGCCUUCCUUAACAAACAUCUUCAACUACUCUCUCUUCUGGUGUUGUCCCAGCUGCCCUUAAACAUGCUACUGUAGUAACCAUCUUUAAAAAACAAAAACAAGAAAAAACUAAUUUUGACCCAUCCUCUAUUGUAUCAUAUCCCUGCUUCCUUCUUCCUGAAAGCUUCUGUUAAGACUUGUCUUUACCCGUCUGACUUGCUUCCUUAAUUCCAACGCUCUCCUUGACCCUCUUCAGUUUGGCUUCCGCCCCCUCCACUCUACUGAGACUGCUCUUAUUAAAGUAACUAACAAUUAAAUCGCAGCUAAAUCCAAAGGGCACUACUCAAUACUAAUUUUUCUUGACCUCUCUGCUGCCUUUGACACUGUUGACUAUGUUCUUCUUCUCCAAACUCUUCAAUCACUCGGUCUCUGUGACACUGUCCUCUCUUGGUUUUCCUCCUAUGUCUCCCAACGCUCAUUCAGUGUCUCCUUUUCUAAUGAUACCCUCUCCCUUCAUCCUGUCUCUGUUUGAGUCCAAGUCUCUGUACUUGGUCCCCUUCCAUUUUCUCUUUAUACUGCCUUGCUUGGCAAACCUAUUACCUCAUUUGGAUUCCAAUACCACACCUGUAUACUGAUAUACCUCUCCCCUGCCGUCCUGCAACGUUUCACUGCUUGCCUUUCUUCCAUCUCUGAUUGGAUGUCCUCCUGCUUUUUGAAACUCAAUCUCUCUAAAACUGAACUCCUUGUCUUUCCUCCUAAUACUGAUCCCCCUCUUUCGCUCUCCUUUAAAGUGAGUAGUACCUACAUCAGUCCAUCCUUGCAAGCGUGCUGUCUUGGCGUUAUACUUGAUUCUGGCAUUACAUCCAGUCUGUUACCAAAUCCUGUAGAUCCCACCUUAAAAAUAUAGCCCACAUCUGCCCCUUUCUUACGCAAGAUGCUACUAAGGAGCUUGUCCAUACUCUAGUAAUCUCUCGCAUGGAUUAUUUUAACUCUCUCCUCAUAGGUCUUCCCACAAGUCGUAUUCCCCCUCUACAGACUGUAAUGAAUGCUGCAGCUAGAAUGAUUUUCCUCUCUUAUCGCUCCUCUCACACCUCUUCCCUCUGUCAGUCCUUACAUUGGCUUCCUGUAUUCUAUAGGAGUCAAUUGAAGUUACUAAUCCACACCUAUAAAGCACUGACCAAUUCUAGCCCCUCCUAUAUUUUUUCACUGAUCCGCCCCUCCUUGGUCACUCCGCUCUGCCUAUGACCUUCUCCUGUCUGCUGCUCGCACCCGUACAUCAAACUCAUGCUUGCAGGAUUUCUCGCGGGUGGCUCCUUUCCUUUGGAAUAGCCUGCCUACUACCAUCAGACUCUCCCCUAGUCUUCAAUCAUUUGAAAAGUGUCUCAAAACCCAUCUCUUUAGGAAAGCUUAUGGUCUCCCAGAGUAACCUCUACCUCACAUACCUGUCCCUUGCCCUCUCCUAAAGGGCAGCACUCUAUUAUCUCCUCCAGCUCUGCUUCACUCCACCUUGUUUGAUUGCUACCUCUUGUCCUGUUUGGUUUUACGCCCCACCUCCUAUAGACUGUAAGCUCGUUUGAGCAGGGCCCUUUUCAACCUAUUGUUCCUGUAAGUUUUUGUAAUUGUCUCAUUUAUUGUUAAAUCUCCCCAUUUGAUAACAUUGUAAAGCACUACGGAAUUCGCUGGUGCUAUAUAAAUACCAGUAAUAAUAAUACGCAACCAUACUACAUGGAGGGAGGUGAAGCCAAGCAGGCACAGGAGGGGAGUGGGACCAAAGAAGGGCACGGGAGGGGAGGGGGCAUGAAAGGGGGGAUAGAAGAAGAGCAAUGAAGCGGAGGGGGCACAAAGAGACAUGGGGGAAAGACAUGGGCUGGUGGGCACAAAGAGAUGCACUGAAAGGGUUGGGGGGGGGGAACUCACAGAAAAGACUAGGGGCACAAAGAGACACACAGAGGGGGAGGGGAAAAAGAGGCACACAAGGGGAUUGGGGGGAAAACCGACACACAAAGGGGCUAGGGCAAGAAACAAGUUUUCCAGCUACAGAAGCUAAACAGGCACAUCAGCCUGCCAGCCACAGCAGCCAGCAACGGUAAUUAACGGAACACUGUAGGCACCCAGACAACUUCAGCUAAUUGAAGUAGUCUGGGUGCUGUGUCCCUUUUGCACUUAGUCUAACAGACAGCCACUGGGGGCACUUCCGGAUUCGUAAUGGAUUUUUGGUCUGUUAUCUGAUGCUGGACUUCCUCACAGACCUCCAGCGUCAGAUAUUUCCCAUAGGAAAGCAUUAAAUAAUACUUUCCUAUGGGGAAGUCUAAUUCGUGCGAGGCCAUUGCUGCACCUGCGCAUUAGGUCUCCUCCGCCGGCUGACUGCGGGGGAAGAGUGUGGGCAGAGCCUCAUCCAGCGCCCAGGACAUCCACGCUGGAUUCAGGUAAGUAGCUGAAGGGGUUUUAUAGGGAUGGGGGGGCGGGAGGAGGGGGGCACUCCAGGAUUCUCUAGUGCCAGAGAAACUGGUUUGUUUUCCUGGCACUGGAGAAUCCCUUUAAGGUGAGAAGUGCUAACUUGGGCUGGGUAUGUUAAAUUGCUAUAUUGUGAAUAAGGGCCAGAGUGUUAGAGAGUCGAUCAAGAGAUCAUACAUGUACAUAUUGUGACGCGGUCACAACUAAAGUGACGUGUUCAAAAAAUAGAUCACCGUCUCAACCGCCGCUGUGUCGUGAAAUGAUGCAUGUGUAAAAAGUGUGUUACCAACAUGAAGUGUGGAAAGCUCUGGACUAACCUAAAAAUAAAUCCAGUGUUUUAUAAUAUAUACUUUAUAGACUGUGUUGGGGAGGUGGGGAAAUAAUAAUAAUAAAAAAAUUAUAUAUACAUUUUUUUCUUCUUCAAAUGCAGCCUGUAAAGCACAUAGCACCUUGUAUCAAUAAAGUGUAACAUCCAUUGGGCCUGCGGUUUGUGUGUGUUGCUGUAAAGGACCUGACAGGCAGACACCCUUUCUUUCAUUAAAUGCUGAAACCCACCAAUUAUACCUUCAGCAAACAUUCUUACGUUCUUUUCAAGUCGCAUACGAAAGAUGGGUAGAACACAGUUGUCAUGGAAACAGUUGUCCAUUUUUGGACUCUUCCUAGUUUGAUCUAGUUAUUCUGCCACCAGCUAUUCAACUCCACGCGAAGCCUUAUGGGAAAUGUCUCUUAAACACACAGUUUCUGUGAUUUCCAAGUCAUGAAAUAUGAUUAAUGUGUUAUGCACAAAGUUCAAUUAUACGAUACACCCUAAAAGUAUCUCAUUAUGAGAUGGCAAUUGUUGCUAGAACACGGAGAUUACAUUUACGAAGCCAAUCGCUGUCACUGUUUUUAGGGAGGUUUUAAUGAUUCAAGUUGCAUUAUAAUAAAUAUGUAUGAAAAAGUGCAGUUUUAUUUUUGUUUAAAACCACCAUGUGGAUAACUAGUAACUAGUGUGAUUUAUUUUUUAUUUUACCAUAUUAUAGAAUUAAAAAAUAUUGUAACGGAACUAACUAGCUCCGAGUUGCAGUUUAGAGACUGAGAGUCCACCUUUACUGCAUAUUUAAUGUGUAAAAAUUAGAACUUCUUGUUUUACAAUAAGUGUUUUCCUUCUCUAAGGAAAUGAAUUUGGUUCUUUGCUCUAUGUACUGCAAUGUCUAAAACAUGGCUAAUAGCAGCUAACUUUAGCGGAUUUUUAAGCUGAAGCAUGGCUAGCAUUGAUUUUUCAUAAACUUGCAAAAACACAGCAUGAUGCAAGUUUGAGCCAGCCAUCAGGUUUCUUAAAGGACCACUAUAGUGCCCUCAAGGUGCCCCCACCCUCAGGGUCCCAGUCCGGUGGCGCUGAAGGGGGAGGAAGGGGUUAAUCCCUUACCUUUUUUUCAACGCCGGGCUCCCUCGGCGCUGGUACUCUCCUCCUCAUUCAAGAGCCACGCGCGCAUUCAGCCAGUCUCAUAGGAAAGCAUUCUCAAUGCUUUAAUAUGGACGCUGGCGUCUUCUCACUGUGAAAAUCAAAGUGAGAAGCGUGGAGGCGCCUCUAGCGGCUGUCAAUGAGACGGCCACUAGAGGCUGGAUUAACCCAUAGGUAAACAUAGCAGUUUCUCUGAAACUGCUAUGUUUACAGCAAAAAGGGUUAAACCUAGCUGGACCUGGCACCCAGACCACUUCAUUAAGCUGUCCUUUAAAGCGGCUCUGCCACUUGUGGAGUUCUUCAUUUUUUUUUCUUUUUGCAGACAUAUCCAGGUAAUAAAUCCACUUGCAUGGUGGCACCUGAUAGGAAGAAGGGCAAGGGGAGAGACCGACACAUACCCAAAGCUCUCCUACUUUUACACCAACCGCUUUUCUCUCUUCUCAUUCCUUUGCCAGAAUUGGCACCUAUUACUUCUGUCAGUAUCCACUAAAUAUAUUUUAAAAACAGAUUCUAUCUUUAUGAACAAUCAUAAAUAAGUAUUUUUGGAAAUACCUAUGUUUGAAACAGUAUUCAUUGCUUGCUAAGGGAAGUUUGAAAUACAACACCUGCCUGAAACAUAAUGUCUGCGCCCAAGGAGGACUUCUAAAAGUCCAACAUGAGAUAUGCAGGUAAUGCUUAACAAUAAUUUUCUAUUUGAGUUUUAUCUUGUUUGGUGCUACCACAAUCUUUUUUUGGUGCCUAGCUGAAAUAUCACCAGAAGUGCUAAAUGCUGCUUUAAUAACUUGGUGUGUACAUCGGAUGUAUAAAAGGUGCGUGCUGGAAGUGUGAAUCAGUAAGCCAUGUGGAAGGCUGCUUGAGUCCCGUUAAGUGUUGAUUGUUCUUUUGUAUAAUUGCUGUCACUAUUGACUGUAUAAUUGAAUUGCUGUUACUGUUGACUGUUAAACUUUCUCAUUUUUUUGUUAUCCUCUUAGGCCAUUGUAUCACGCAAUGCUCUCCAGUAUCGAGGCACUUCUCAGCACGAUGCCCAGGAAUUCCUUCUCUGGCUUUUGGACAGAGUUCAUGAAGAUCUGAAUCUUGUUGUCAAGCCCAAACCUCGGGUACGUUGCUCCUGUACGCAUGCUAGCAAGUCACUGCGACCCUAUUUUCAGGGUUUAUGCCAAUGUCAUCAAACUGGAAAAAUUCUCCAGGUUGGCUACGUUUUCAGUUUAGCGACUUUGGCCUAAACUUUGAAUUUUGCUUAAAUAUUUGUCACAAAUUUCUGAUGAGAUUUCCUGGCAAUUCACACUUGAAUGAAAAGCGCUCUGUAUAUACACUGUCUUGGUUCUAGAUCUACCUCAUACGACUAGGGUAUCCAUCUGUAUUUGUAAUUUACAAGGCACAUGUAACAACUUCAUCAUUCUUUCAAAGAAAAAUCUUCCAAAAAUGUGCUUUGGGUUUUAAUAGUGAUCAUUAAACCAAAGAGUAAAACAUGCAACCGUACACUCCAAUUUACUAACCCAGGGGUGUAUCAACACUUUGCACAUAGGUGUGCGCACGGGGUGUGUCUGGGCACACCCUAAUCCCCGCGGCACGCCUCUGGAGUGAGACCGGCAGGGGAGAUCUCAGGAUCUCCCCUGUCGGCUCAUGCAGAGCCGGCUUUGCUCUAAGCCUCCCUCCCCACUGCAGCAUGGAGGCAGGCAGGAGAGGACCCGGGGAGCUCAACCAGCAGCUCCGCCGGGUUCCUCUCGCGAGGUCGGAGCGUUGCCGCGGCAACGCUCAGAUCUCGCGAAAGUGAACUCUAGCCCCGCAGCCUAGAGUUCACUCUCCACUGGACUACCAGGGAUGGCAGCAGAACGAUUCCCCCUCCCUACAUAAGGUAAUAAGGGAGGGGGGAUAUUAAGUAAUGUACCCCCACACACCCACACAUACAGCACACACACACAGCACCCACACCCAUACAGCACCCACCCACACACACACAGCACCCUCACACACACAGCACACUAACAGGACCCUAACAAACACACACAGCACACAAACAGCACCCUCACACAAACAUCAAACAGCCCCCUCACACAGAACACACACACACACACACACAGAGCAGUGUGUGUAUAUGUGUGUGUGUGUAUGUGUAUAUAUAUAUAUAUAUAUAUAUACACACACACAUACAUAUACACGCGGCGUGUGUUUGUGCUUUAGGGUGCACACCCUAAUGCAAUAGGCUGCGCACGCCUAUGACUUUGCAUGCAUAAUGGCAAUGUUUUCAAAUGCAUGAUUAAGGAGCGGCGUGUGCCCCCAGACCAUUUCAUUGAGAUGAAGUGGUCUGGGAGCCUUAGGUGGUGGUCCUUUAAGCAAUGUUCCCAGGUGUUGGUUUGGCUUGUUUUUACAAAGUUAAAGUUUCUCGGUUUUCACUUGCUCAUUUUAGCUUUAUGUGACAUGUGCCUCUUGUAGGGGAGUUCAGCACCCAUCCUUCUCCAUUUUUCAUAUGGUAACAAUAUUAUAUUUAAUACAAUUAUGGCAUUGUUUAUGCAGAAAUCUUUGCUAAUUUUUGUCAAUGUUUUCCCCCUCAUUAAUGCCUUUUAUUUUCUUGGUUAAUUUUAUGAAUUUGAUAUAUGUAGAUUUGGAGUUCGAGACACUCUAAGCACCACUGUAACUUGAGCUUAACGAAGCAGGUCUGAGCAGUGUUACUGCAAGCCAUGAUCUAUACACCAAACCAGUUCAUUAGGCUAAAGUUGUUUUGAUGCUUAGACUAUCCAACUAAAGGCAUACUCAUGCACAUGGUUGUUACUUUUGGAAAAUAAAACACUGUCAAAGUUAUUCACUAAAGUGUGAAUUGUAAGGAAUGUAAAAUGAAUUCCAAAUAUGAGGCAAAAAUAGCAAGACUGAAGAGACUUGGCGUAUUUUCCAAUUCAGUUAUUUUGUUCUAUGAAUUGAAAUUCAUGUUUAAUUCCCAAUAACUCACACUUUGGUAAACAACUCUGUGUGUGUUAAAUCUUAUAUUCAGGACCAUUUUUCAGCUAUGGAUUUCUUAUGAAAUAGCUAUAGUAUAAACCCAUGCGUAAACGAACACUCCAAGCACCUUUACCACCUCCGCAUGCUUAAGAAGUAAUGGUACCAGGAGUGCCAUUUUAGAAUGGUGUGAAUUCUUACCUGAGGUCCACCAGACACUGUUCCAAACCUCUACUACUCCCCACAGAGGGCAGGGCUAGCUUAUGCCUGAGAGCAUCAGCUGAUCUGCUGAGCUAAUUCAAGAUAUGCAGGAAAACAAAGUUACGAAAGAGAUUAAUAUAAAAAGUGAUUUGUUUACAGGGAGAUAAAUGGUAUGGCUCAGCUGUCUGGGAGGAGGCCCGUAUAGUUGUAUUUGCUUUUCUUUACUGACCAAUCUUUCUCACUGCAGCCACCGUUGGAUGAAGAUCUGACUGGGGAAGGGCCGACCUUUCCAACAAGUGGCACAUUUGUCCAGGAACUUUUCCAGGCCCAGUACAGGUAAACUACCUAAUUCCUGCAAACUUGUUAUGUCUGUUUUUGUGCUUCUGGAAUGUGCCUAUUCCAAGCACCAUGACUACUUAAUUGAUUUGAAGGGUUAGGCGGCCUAGAGUCUGUAUGUGCAGCGUUACACUUGGUAACUCCACCUCCGGGAGCGUCAUUAACAAAAUAUCUGGGCUGGCUAAUGUAAAUUCCGUGGAAAAUUGGUGUCUGGUGCCAGACAGCCAAAAGCGGAAUGACCAUACUCCCUUUCGGUGCUCUCCCUGUCCUCCUUGAUUAUCCUCCCCACCCAGUGAGGGCUAGUGAUGUAAUACAAGGAUGGUCAGAUUCCAGGAGAACUUCGAUCUGCUCUAAAAACCAAGUAGGGUUUCCAAUUUUUUUUUAAAUUAUUUAUUUUUCAAACUUAAAAAGACGGGUGGACCCUAACUCAGAAAGCAGAAAGUUACCCAUAACCAGUGCUUUCUUCUAGUGAACAAGCAGCAAAUACCAUGCAUAUGGACGGUAUCUGCGUGAUGCUAUGUCAGAUGAAUUCUUGCACUUUUGGUACCUGAAGUGUCUCUUUUUUUAAUCAUUUUUACUCCUUUCCUUCCAAACCUUUGUAUUGUAAUGUUGUCUUUUUGCUAACUCUGUGUCCUUUUCCCAUCUUUCCUUUGUAGGUCCUCCUUGACAUGUCCUCACUGUCAAAAACAGAGUAACACCUUCGACCCUUUUCUCUGCAUCUCUUUGCCCAUCCCUUUGCCUUAUACACGGUAAGAACAUGCUUGAAUGCUUAACCAACUUACUCCCCCCUUCUUUAUACCAGAUUUGUGUUUAAUAUCGAAUUCCAGUGUUAUUUUACAAAUAAAAUGAAAAUCACAAUAAGAAAUAACAAAAGAGUAAGAAAUGCUUUAAAAUGUCAGAAUGUGUGCAAAACAAUUUACAAGUUAUAACAAUAUAUUUUUAGAAUAGUUACUAGAUCUAUUUAAUUUUGUAUAAAAAUAAAAGGAAUGUUUGCUUAUGACAUUCAUUAUUCCAAAUUUCUCUUGCGACACAUUUGUUGGUCAUUAUUCCAAAUUUGCCAUAUUUUAAGAACAUUGAACAUGUUGAUUUGCACCAGCAGUCGUUUUCUAUCGUUCACUCCUGAAUGUAUUUUCUGUGAACAUCACACAAUAAGGUCAACAUUUAAUCGGCCAAAAACUAGUCGCUUGUGAAGUCACUUAUAACCUGUAUAUCCAAAUUGCUAAAAUGCAAAAAAAAAAAAAAUAUAUAUAUAAACAAAUUGUAACCUUUUCCCCACCUGCACUUAACUACACCUCAUACUCAAAUGUUUAUCUCCUGCAUAGUCCGCAGAGAUAACCAACCUCUGUAUCCGUGCAUUUCUCAGUGAGACUCUGCUAAUUGCGUUACAAUUUAAAAUCAUUCUUGAUUUCUGGUGAUCCAUAAACAAAUGCAUUGACCCACUGUCAAUCGAAUUUACACCUGAUAGAUGACACAUGUUGACUAUCUGUUUCUUUUGGAAGUGUUUCUAAGUGUGAAUGUAAGUCACGCACUAAUAUGUACUCUCAAGAGACCAAGCACUUCUAUAUUGUUAUCUAGGACAGUGAUGUCUAACCGUGACACCCUGGAUAUUCUCAUAGUAUAUUCUGGCAGGGAUACAUGCUCUGGGUAUCGAUUCCCAAUUUUCUAUUGCUGUGGCGUCCUUGGUUUUGUUAAUUUACCAAGCUCCUAUUUAAAGACCUUAAACCGACCAUGUGAUGUCUCCGCUCAGCAGAAUAUAGACCCUCGUACCACCGACCUAAGGAAAUAUUUAGUCCACCUUUAUCUUUACUUUCAUACAGAUUUGAUUUUGCCACAAACACCUUGAGCUGCUUUAUAUUUCACGUAGUUUAAUGUGGGCGUGCGCUGUUUUGCGUUUUUGAAUAACUUUCCAUGUGAUCUUUCUUGGUUCUCAGGCCUUUGUAUGUGACUGUGGUUUACCAGGGAAAAUGUUCUCAUUGUAUGCGUAUUGGAGUUGCUGUCCCCUUGUCUGGAAAUGUGGUGAGGUUGAGGGAAGCUAUUUCAAUGGAGACCAAAAUUCCCACUGACCAGGUGAGUAUGACUUAAUCUGCCAUGACCGUUGUCUCAAAUUCUACAAUGGCAAAACUUGAAACUUGAUUGUCAGCCUAACACUUUCUCAUAAUGCAGAAAUGUAAAAUGGUUUCAUCAUCCCAAUACUUAUUUACAUCAAUCCAGUUUUUAACAAUAUUACUAACGGAUAAACUUCCUCCAACCAAGUUACAGUAAAAUGAGCUUUAAUUACCACCCGAGACUAUCUAGGUAUUACAAAUAAUUUUUUUCAAAUAACGGGAGAGUUUUAUUAGAACUUUGUUAGCUGAACUGCGUGGCAUUGUUUGAACAGUAUGGCAAUCACCGUGGAAAUGGAACAGAAAUAAGUAUUCUACUGACAAUUUCCAAGUCUCACCCAUAGUGGCAGGGAUUAAAAAUGAGUGCCUUUGAUUUGAUUGGUCAGCAUUUCAAAAGAAGGGCUGUUUAAAGGGUUUCUCCAGCCACCAUGACCACUGCAGUGAUCUGAAGUUGUCAUGGUGGUAGGAGUUAGUAUGUUCAGUAUUUUAGCUUAGAAACGCUGCACAUACUAAGAUAAUUGUAAUAGUGUGCUGGGAGCUUGUUGCACCUCCAACACACAUGACAUGGGCAGCCUGGAACUGUCUUGGGCUGCCUUAUGUCAAUUAUACGUCUGUCGUUAGCAUGCACUACAAGGGAAAGAUUGCUCUCCCCACCCAUAUUGUGCUCCCUUGUGCCUAUCUCCAUUGAAUAUUGUUUGUUGAGUUGUUUUUAGUUUUUUUUUUUUUUGUUUGUUUUUUUUGUUAACUCUCCCACCCACUGGCUUCUCUAUGAGAAGAAUGUGAUUGGACCACGCAAAGUCCCAGUGACAUCAGAGUGGGCAUGGAAUAUCAGCGCCGGGCGUUAUGCCCAGCGCUGGAUUCCAGAUAAUAGGGGUUUUUUUUUGUUUGCUUUUUUUGCAUAUUAUACUACAGUCAAAAUUGGGGGAUCUUCUCGAUAAUGUCCAAUAUGGCAUAUUGCACAGUUCAUAGUAACACUUGAACUGUGCGUUAUAGGGUUGUAAGUUCCGUUUGUACUUUAACAUUCAGCGUAAUCUUCCCACUCUAUACUCUCGUUAUGAGCCAUAGCUGUCAGACUUGGUUGGCCAUUGAUUGGUAAUACUACUAUUAAAUGAUUAAAAGAGUUUGUCAUGUGUUUGCAGACCUGUGCUGCGUUAUAUAUACACCUCUAUCUACAUGACUUUCUGUGUCUUGUCCUUGUUCUCCAGAUAGUAAUCACUGAAAUGUAUUUUGAUGGGUUCCAUCGUUCGUUCUCCGACACAGAUGAUUUGGAUACCGUCCAUGAGAGUGAUUGCAUAUUUGCUUUUGAGACUCCAGAAAUCUUCCCGUCUGAAGGAAUUUUAAGCCAGAGAGGUAGGACAGACCCAUGUUUCCAUUGAACACUGUUUUUCAGUAAUUCACUUGCCAUGAGACCUUGAAGUGUGUUUAGUGUAAAGAAAAUGGUGGCUUCCCUUUAUCUAACCCUUGCAGCUGCUGAUAAUAGGCAACAGAGUUUAUGUGAGUGUUCAAUGUCAAACUCAUUUCACUAAUGAACCCCCUUUGAGUAUUAUUUGCACAUUUAGGUUUCUUUCCAUUAUUUACCUAAUUUUGUCAUUUUCACACCCUGACACAUGGCCUAUAAUGCCUCCUUCAAAAUCAUGAAUUCCAAAAAGAAAUUGAGAGAAGUGGAUCCAGGAUAUGUCUCUGGGGUGGCUGGCAGCUGGACAGUGGUUGCUUUGAUUGUGCAACUUUCCAAUGAGUCUAAUGGAUGAUGGUCAGAUUGGUCACCAUCAGGUUUUAGCAGUGAGUCUAUGAUGUAAGAAUUAAAGUUGUUAGGGUGACAGUGCAGAGUGUGAAGUUAAGAAACAGAGAGUGGCUAGAGCUUAAAAGAAAAAAAAAAGGAUAGUGGUUAGGAAUAAAGGAGAAAGUUAACUCUGCUGUAUUAGGUUGUUAUAGCAGCAGGUAUGUCUGGGUGCCAUUUUAAUUAAAGUAAUAAACCGUUUUCCAACUAUUUAACGUAGAAGUUUGGGCCCCAUGGUUCCUGACACCUCUCCCUCCUCACUUCCUUCCUCACAGCCACCGUGGUAGAGGGAAGGUACUACCGUUGUCCAACUUGAACAUUUUCCAUUAAUCGCAACUACCUGCACUGUGUCUUUAAGCAUUUUUUCCCCCCAUUAAAUUAAAAGCAUUUCCAUUUAAUUUGGUCUUUCUGUUUGUACAAUAAGGUGUUUUUUGGAACUGUAUCAAAUGCUUUAGUGCAGUUUAAAUACAUUUAAGAUAUAUUUUGUCACAGUUCGGUGAUCAUUUAUCAUAAUAUUUGUCAUUUCUCUCCAUAAUGUUGUUUUUUUUUUUGUUACUUUCCCAGGAAACUGUGUCAAUAACAACCAGAACUAUAUCAGAAAUGGGACAGAUCACAGGUCUUCCCACUAUUCUUCUGGCUCUGCUCGACUUCCUAUGAAUAGACUGUCUGUCACCGACAAGGUUGUUCUUCUGGUGUGCAACAGGGCUUACAGCGGGCAGCAUGGCAGAAGGUAGCUGUCUGGUCAUUCAUGUGGUCCUAUUAUAUUAGGAUUAGAGACUUCGUGCCAGUCUGUGACAAUGUAGUUCUAAGUUUCUUCUGACUUUUUUUUUUUUUUCUCCUUAGAUUUGGGCAGCCAUUUGUUCUGCAUUUGGAGCGGAAUAUCACAUGGGAUGUGCUGCAGAAAGAGAUUUUAGAAAAGAUGCAGUACUCCUUGCGUCCAUCUGUGUGUGUUCAGGUGGGUGCCACUAUAGAGCUUCUGCUCUCACUGCCAAAAGGGAUGUGUUCGUAGGAUUCCUGCGUUCUAAUCUUGUUGUUUGUGUAAUCUUAAUUAAGCCCAUUCUUUUCAAGUACACAUUUAAAUAAAUUAGGCAAAAACAUAUUUUUGUAAAGUACCAACCCUGUUUAAGUACUUUCACUGUUUUGUUCACCCUUUUUCAUUCCUUACUUUACAACUAGCUUACAUAUAUUUUUAUUUUUAUGAAACUGUUUAGAUAGAUGUAGACUGUACAUCCGGCGUUCUCUUAUCUUUUCUGGAUACAUUAUUUAAUUAUACCUCAUUUCCUCUAGAUCCAGAGUAGAUGGAGAAGAAGGCAGAUCUCCUACUACCAUAGAGAUGCAUCUUAACAGAAGAAGCCGGAGAUCUGUCUUUCAGGCACCCCUGUAUUAGAUUGUUAGUUCAGCAGGGCAGUCCUCGCCUUCUCUUUUGAGAAUAGUUUGUUUGUGUAAUAUUUUUUCUAAGCCUGUGUAAAUCUCUUCAGCAUGUGUGGGCGCUUUAUUGAAAUAAAUACUGCUUAAAUUUAACUUGAAUCCCUGCAUUAAUCAAAGAUUUUUUAAACCAAGCAUGUGCUGUGAUUCAAAAGGAUUGGUAACCAUGAGCCCAGGCUGCUGUGUUUAGAACUGUGUCCAUUGCUAAGGGUAUCUGCAGAAAUGCAGUAUGAAGCCUGAGACACGAUGCCUGUCUUUUACUCAUUUGCAUUUUAAGCUGGGAACUCUGGGACAGUUGUGGAAGCAUGAUUUCUCAAGUUUCUAUGACCCCUCACAGUCCAGCUGGAGAUAUGCAGGUGAUGCGCAACAGUGUCUGUGUAUUGAUUUAUUUACUAUUUGCCGCAUCCUUGCACACGGGCUCCAACACUAUUUAAAGCAGGGUGCCAGACGAGGACAAAUAGUCAGAUCCACAAUGGUGCCAGCACUCACCGACUUCCAAAACGUUCGUUUUAUUUCACAUGUAGAAAAAAGCGAUCGAGUUGUCAGUCCCUACUUGCUACCUUCAUCAGGAUAAAUAAUAAAAUCAUUAUGCACAAAAGCAGUGUUUUCUAGGUAAGAGUAAUGAGGGAAUUGACUUACCCCAGGUACUCGUGUGACCGCCGAUGUCCCUCUGUGCGUGGUGGGUAUGCGUAAACCCGCUCAGUGUGCCGUGUGUGUGUUUUACAAGAUGUGUUGCUAUGGAAACCAAAGUUAAAAAACUUAAAUUACCAUAACAUGAUGAAGUUAUGUUAGAAAAAAGACACAAAAAAAUCGCAAAUCUAUUUAAAAUGUGUAUUUAUGUAGUCCAGAGUGUUUCAUAAAACUGACCAGGACUCUUAUCAAAGUACACUAUCGAAGUGCUUCAUAAAAUAAAUCAUAAUUGUAAAGUGCCUUGUAAGGUCAAUAAUUAAAGUGCUAAAAGUGCAUGUAAGAAAACGUGUAUGCACUAAACAGUAAAAAGUGCCUGUGCCCUUAAAAUAACACUGCAAUAGAUCAGUAUGGUCAUACGGAGCACCUGGGGUAGGUCAAUCCCCUAGAAAACACUGCUUUUGUUCAUAAUGAACUUAUUGUUGAUCCUGAUGAAAGUCACAAGUAGGGAUUUCUAUCAAACUUGAACGUCCGUAAGUGCAGACACCUUUCUUCAUGUAGUGAUGCAUAACUGUGUGUAUGUUUGUAUACAUGUAUAAUAUGAUAAACAAAUCCUAUUUUUUUAAUGUAUUGCCGCAUCCCUGUUUUAUUUUAUGUACUAUUGAAUUAAAGGUGAGGAGCAAAUCCUAUUUUCCCAUUUUUGUUCCUGAAUCCUGUAUGUAUUGUUUGUGUAUUUUUAGGUUUGCCCAUUCAGUCUACGUGUAGUUACGGCCGUUGGCAUUACAUACCUCUUGCCUCAGGAAGAGAAGCCUCUUUGUCACCCUACUGUGGAAAGGUAAACACAAUAAAUAAUAUAUAUAUAUUUUUAUUUUAUUAUUGUCAUUUAUUUAUUUUUAUUAUAAUUUUUUUAAAUUAUUAUUAAUUCAUUUUUUUUUUUUCUUUUUGCUACCUGUCUGCCAAAAUCAGUACAUAUAAAUAGCCAUUCUUCACGAGUUGUUAAAGGGACACAAUAGGCAUUGAGAUGACGUGGUCUGGAUGCUUUGUCCCUGUAGUUUUAACCCUGCAACUGCAAACAUUGGUGUUCUGCAUGAAAGGUAAUGCUUAAAUGCCUCUAGUAGCUGCCAUACAGGAAAACUCAGCUAUUUCACAGAUACCAUCUAAUUGGUACAGCACAUGUGUUUUGUAGCAUAUGCUCCCUAGCCUCUUAAUAUUUUCUGAUGGGAAAGCAUUUGAUUGGCAGAGAUCAGGUUUUUUUUUUUAUAUAUAAAGUCAGCUGAGAGAGCUGCGCGGCAUGGGAGAAAAGGUAAGUAAACUACUCGAAGGGAGGGAAUGGUAAACUAAACGGCUAGAGGACACUGUGCAUACACAUGCUUUACAUACACAUUUGAAAAUAUUACUUAAAAUGGAAUUGGUUUACAUUGCAGGGUUAAAGUGACAGGACCACAUGACUAUAGUGUUCCCAAUUCCCUAGAUUCCAUUAAAUUAAACUUUUGGUAGUGGUUAGUGGGUAAAUGGACAUUUUGAGUCCUGUAAUAUAUCAAGUCAGGUGGGACAUGCAACACCCACCACACACUCCGCACUGCUUAAAAGACAAAGCUUUUUCGUAUGUGUGGGUUGAACGUUCAGGUGGAUAGGAGGCGGUCAAUAAGUCAUUGUCAUCUGUGUAUUUUCUAUUCACUGACCUUCAUUUCGGAGUGAGCUCUGUUUUGAUUUGCUCAGAACAGCAAGGAGCCAAUCAAAUGUGUCUGUAAUGACCUAUGUUCUCCUAAAUGAAGGAUGUUUUGUAGCCAUAGUUAUGUAUUUGAACUUGUCCCCAUGUCUGGGACUUCAAGUAAUAGACAUUUCAGAUACUGCAUUGCACCUUGAGAAAGGCAAAAAUUUACAUGCAUUACUUAGCAUUUUUGUCUUGAGAAUUCAAGGUAAUUUUCCAGUGUAAGUGUAUCCAUCAACAUCAGAGUGCAGUGCAUUUAAGUGAGUUCUCCUUAGUGUCUGGAAAAUACAUUAACUGUUAAUUUUACUCCUGGUUAAUUGUAAACUCGUAAUAGAUGCAGAAAAAAAAUCACUUACUCAAACAUCUGUGCUUGCACCUCUGUAGGAGAAACCUGAAGGUAUCCAUUCUUUUAUUUAUUUUUAUUAUUAUUAAUGGUAAUGCAAUGUUUUUAUUCCAUGCUACCCUAUUUAUGGCUUGUCACGAUUGAUGUAAAAGACCUUACUUGUUGUAAUGAAGACAUUAACAUGGGUCUGGUUGUGAAAUGUUUAAGCCAUGUGGCAAUAUCGCUACCCGUCAUUGUCUGUACCUGUAACCCUGUAGCCAAGAUUUGGGUCCUCCAUGUUUUACUUUUUCCAAUGUUGCGUGCCACAUCUUGACCUAAAUUUUGCAUUGUUGUAUGCUUCUGUCAGGGCUUUGAAAUCUUGCGGCAUUGGUGGAGCUGCUCACGUCAAGAUGGUGGUGGAAUGGGACCGCGAAACCAAGGAAUAGUGAGUACAGCCGUGCAAUUUUUCUAAAUAAUGUAAACUUUUUAUUUAUUGCUGUUACUUUCCUGAAAUGAAAGACUGUUUUCUGUACCUGCUCUUUUAUUGAUGCACAGACUAUUUAUGCACCGGUAUUCAUUAGUUGCAGUGCCUCUUUGGAGUUCUGCCCAUAUCUUACUAAUCUGUGUUGUUGCUUUGAGAUCACUGUCUUGCUUGCAAGGUCUUUGAAUUGGGUAUGUAUCUAGAGACAUUUGUUACUUCAUAGCAUCACUCAUCAUCUGCCUAAGAUUAGAAAGACAUUUACAGUGGCCACAAGGUAAUUACACAAGUCAGUGUAAAAAUAUAUUCUUAUUUAAUUUUUUAAAAGGGAAACGAUCCUUUAUUACACAUAAAACACUAUUACACUUAAAUACAUUUUCCUGUUAUUUUAUAUUUGACUUUUUAACCAUUUAUUUCCCCAUUUAUUUAUUUUUCAGUUUUAAAUUGUUCCUACCUUUUAUAGUAUGUCUGGGUCCUCACUCUUCAAAUUUAAAAAAAAUUUUUUUUCUGAAUAGCAGCGACUUUCUGUUUAGUUUGCCGUGCUCACUCUUUAGUCACCGAGCCAUACACUGGUUGCAGAGGGGUGCGAGCUGUGCUUCACUGUAAUAGGAGAAGCCUAGGAUAUCAUGGAAUAGUAGCUCUGUCCUGCAGGCUCCAGAGUCCUUGCUGGCUUUAAUCUUGCAAGACAAGCCUCAUUCAGAAUGUGGCGGCAGGUCAUCUAAAAUUGUCUGGUCUGCUUUUGCAAGUUGUAAACUGUCGUUGUUAAAUUUUCUCUAAGGAUCCCGUGCAUUUACAGUGAUAGCUGUUUACACCCCUGCUACCAUUGUACUAAUGCAUUUUGAUAAAGGAUUUUUUUCAAAUUUUGCUUUCCUUGGUCAAAUUGUUUCAUCAUUGGUAUGGUGUUAUUUUAAAAAAAUAAAUGCACACUUUUAUACUGCUCAUUACACUGUCUAUGUUUUGCCAACCCUUGUUUGUUGCUAAACACACUUUCUCUUUGUUUUGUGUAAAUCAUGUGUAUAUUCCAUAGGUUUUCAUUGACGAGCAAAGUAUUACCUGUGUAGGGCUUGACAAUACUGAAUCUCUUAGGAAGAUCUUUCUCUUAACUAUGUGUAUUUCUGGAAGUUUUCGUCUAGUGCCUGCUGUCUGAUACCAUUUGUAAAAUCUAAAAAUGUUUUGGUAAAUUAAAGGGACACAAUAGUCAUUGAAAAAACUUUAGUUUAAUGAAGCAGUUAUGGUGUAUAGAUCAUGCCCCGUGCAGUUUCCCUGCUCAAUUCUCUGCCAUUUAAAUAAUUUCUGUUUAUGCAACAGCACACUAUUAGCUGAAAGUGUCAGCCAUUGAAUGGCACUCUGUGCAUGACAAUUAGCAGAGAAUUGGCAUUACCCAACCCAGAAGUCUUGUUCCAGGCUGCGUGAUAACACCCCAUGAUGAUGCUGGAGGUGGAGUUACUUUUCCAGCAGCCAAGGGGCUAGACUCCGUAUAUGCAGUGUUAAUGUUAAAACGCUGAACAUAUAGAUUCCAGGCACAAUGACCACUACAAGUCACUGAAAGUGGUCAUGGUGCUCGGAGUAACCCUUUAAAGGGACAUUGAUAUACCACUAGUACUUUUAAACGGGUUGAAAAAGAUAUUGGUCUGUGGCAGUAAAAAGCCUGGUCACUCUGUUACCACUGAGAUAAUGAAGCAUUUCACUUCCGCAUAGGAGAGAGAUUUCUCAAAAUGUUCUAAAAAGUUAUUUAUUUAUUUUCUCUCAUCAGUUCUCUAAAAUGGUCUAAAAAGUGUUGGUUUUUUUGUUCCUCCUCUGCCUACAUUGUUUCUUUUCUUUUUUUUUUUUAAUUCUUUUUUUUUGCGGUGCAUAUAAAGAUAAACAUUUGGAAUUACAGACAUGACAUCGAGUGGUAUUGCGAAUAUGUAAGAGUAUCGGAAAUGUUGAGAAAAUUGCACCAUUUUUUUUUUUUUUUUGUAAACAAACAUUAUGAACCAGAUAACACAUUUCUGUAACAUUAGUAAUCUUUUAGUCGUGUUGCCUACAUUGUUUCUUUUUGCAAGUGUUUCUUUUAUUUCAAAAACCUGAGCGGGUUUAAAAUACAAUAUUUUUUGUACAAAUGCCACUUACCAAAACCAAACAAAAUUACAAGAAUUCCCCUUUAAAAAUAAAGGGGAUGUAAAUCUGCUGAGAGCAGAAACAUAACAUCUGCACAGAUAUUCCAAAACAAGGGACAGUAUUGACUAUAUAUACUCUGUGUGACCGGCUCUUUCUAUCUUGGUAUCUGCACAGAUAUUCCAAAACAAGGGACAAUAUUGACUACAUAUACUCUGUGUGACCGUCUCUUUCUAUCUUGGUAUCUGCACAGAUAUUCCAAAACAAGGGACAGUAUUGACUAUAUAUACUCUGUGUGACCGGCUCUUUCUAUCUUGGUAUCUGCACAGAUAUUCCAAAACAAAGGACAAUAUUGACUACAUAUACUCUGUGUGACCGGCUCUUUCUAUCUUGGUAUCUGCACAGAUAUUCCAAAACAAGGGACAAUAUUGACUACAUAUACUCUGUGUGACAGGCUCUUUCUAUCUUGGUAUCUGCACAGAUAUUCCAAAACAAGGGACAAUAUUGACUACAUAUACUCUGUGUGACCGGCUCUUUCUAUCUUGGUAUCUGCACAGAUAUUCCAAAACAAGGGACAGUAUUGACUAUAUAUACUCUGUGUGACCGUCUCUUUCUAUCUUGGUAUCUGCACAGAUAUUCCAAAACAAAGGACAAUAUUGACUAUAUAUACUCUGUGUGACCGGCUCUUUCUAUCUUGGUAUCUGCACAGAUAUUCCAAAACAAGGGACAAUAUUGACUACAUAUACUCUGUGUGACCGGCUCUUUCUAUCUUGGUAUCUGCACAGAUAUUCCAAAACAAGGGACGAUAUUGACUACAUAUACUCUGUGUGACCGGCUCUUUCUAUCUUGGUAUCUGCACAGAUAUUCCAAAACAAGGGACUUGACUAAUAUACUCUGUGUGACUAUCUUGGUAUCAGAUAUUCCAAAACAAGGGACAAUAUUGACUACAUAUACUCUGUGUGACCGGCUCUUUCUAUCUUGGUAUCUGCACAGAUAUUCAAAACAAGGGACAGUAUUGACUACAUAUACUCUGUGUGACCGCUCUUUUAUCUUGGUAUCUGCACAGAUAUUCCAAAACAAGGGACAAUAUUGACUACAUAUACUCUGUGUGACCGGCUCUUUCUAUCUUGGUAUCUGCACAGAUAUUCCAAAACAAGGGACAAUAUUGACUACAUAUACUCUGUGUGACCGGCUCUUUCUAUCUUGGUAUCUGCACAGAUAUUCCAAAACAAGGGACAAUAUUGACUACAUAUACUCUGUGUGACCGGCUCUUUCUAUCUUGGUAUCUGCACAGAUAUUCCAAAACAAGGGACAAUAUUGACUAUAUAUACUCUGUGUGACCGGCUCUUUCUAUCUUGGUAUCUGCACAGAUAUUCCAAAACAAGGGACAAUAUUGACUAUAUAUACUCUGUGUGACCGGCUCUUUCUAUCUUGGUAUCUGCACAGAUAUUCCAAAACAAGGGACAGUAUUGACUAUAUAUACUCUGUGUGACCGGCUCUUUCUAUCUUGGUAUCUGCACAGAUAUUCCAAAACAAGGUACAAUAUUGACUAUAUAUACUCUGUGUGACCGGCUCUUUCUAUCUUGGUAUCUGCACAGAUAUUCCAAAACAAGGGACAAUAUUGACUACAUAUACUCUGUGUGACCGGCUCUUUCUAUCUUGGUAUCUGCACAGAUAUUCCAAAACAAGGGACAGUAUUGACUAUAUAUACUCUGUGUGACCGUCUCUUUCUAUCUUGGUAUCUGCACAGAUAUUCCAAAACAAGGGACAGUAUUGACUAUAUAUACUCUGUGUGACCGGCUCUUUCUAUCUUGGUAUCUGCACAGAUAUUCCAAAACAAGGGACAAUAUUGACUAGAUAUACUCUGUGUGACCGGCUCUUUCUAUCUUGGUAUCUGCACAGAUAUUCCAAAACAAGGGACAGUAUUGACUAUAUAUACUCUGUGUGACCGUCUCUUUCUAUCUUGGUAUCUGCACAGAUAUUCCAAAACAAGGGACAAUAUUGACUAUAUAUACUCUGUGUGACCGGCUCUUUCUAUCUUGGUAUCUGCACAGAUAUUCCAAAACAAGGGACAAUAUUGACUAUAUAUACUCUGUGUGACCGGCUCUUUCUAUCUUGGUAUCUGCACAGAUAUUCCAAAACAAGGUACAAUAUUGACUACAUAUACUCUGUGUGACCGGCUCUUUCUAUCUUGGUAUCUGCACAGAUAUUCCAAAACAAGGGACAAUAUUGACUAUAUAUACUCUGUGUGACCGGCUCUUUCUAUCUUGGUAUCUGCACAGAUAUUCCAAAACAAGGGACAAUAUUGACUAUAUAUACUCUGUGUGACCGGCUCUUUCUAUCUUGGUAUAUGCACAGAUAUUCCAAAACAAGGGACAAUAUUGACUAUAUAUACUCUGUGUGACCGGCUCUUUCUAUCUUGGUAUCUGCACAGAUAUUCCAAAACAAGGGACAAUAUUGACUACAUAUACUCUGUGUGACCGGCUCUUUCUAUCUUGGUAUCUGCACAGAUAUUCCAAAACAAGGGACAGUAUUGACUAUAUAUACUCUGUGUGACCGUCUCUUUCUAUCUUGGUAUCUGCACAGAUAUUCCAAAACAAGGGACAGUAUUGACUAUAUAUACUCUGUGUGACCGGCUCUUUCUAUCUUGGUAUCUGCACAGAUAUUCCAAAACAAGGGACAAUAUUGACUAUAUAUACUCUGUGUGACCGGCUCUUUCUAUCUUGGUAUCUGCACAGAUAUUCCAAAACAAGGGACAGUAUUGACUACAUAUACUCUGUGUGACCGGCUCUUUCUAUCUUGGUAUCUGCACAGAUAUUCCAAAACAAGGGACAAUAUUGACUACAUAUACUCUGUGUGACCGGCUCUUUCUAUCUUGGUAUCUGCACAGAUAUUCCAAAACAAGGGACAAUAUUGACUACAUAUACUCUGUGUGACCGGCUCUUUCUAUCUUGGUAUCUGCACAGAUAUUCCAAAACAAGGGACAAUAUUGACUACAUAUACUCUGUGUGACCGGCUCUUUCUAUCUUGGUAUCUGCACAGAUAUUCCAAAACAAGGGACAAUAUUGACUAUAUAUACUCUGUGUGACCGGCUCUUUCUAUCUUGGUAUCUGCACAGAUAUUCCAAAACAAGGGACAAUAUUGACUAUAUAUACUCUGUGUGACCGGCUCUUUCUAUCUUGGUAUCUGCACAGAUAUUCCAAAACAAGGGACAGUAUUGACUACAUAUACUCUGUGUGACCGGCUCUUUCUAUCUUGGUAUCUGCACAGAUAUUCCAAAACAAGGGACAAUAUUGACUAUAUAUACUCUGUGUGACCGGCUCUUUCUAUCUUGGUAUCUGCACAGAUAUUCCAAAACAAGGGACAAUAUUGACUAUAUAUACUCUGUGUGACCGGCUCUUUCUAUCUUGGUAUCUGCACAGAUAUUCCAAAACAAGGGACAAUAUUGACUACAUAUACUCUGUGUGACCGGCUCUUUCUAUCUUGGUAUCUGCACAGAUAUUCCAAAACAAGGGACAAUAUUGACUAUAUAUACUCUGUGUGACCGGCUCUUGGUAUCUGCACAGAUAUUCCAAAACAAGGGACAGUAUUGACUACAUAUACUCUGUGUGACCGGCUCUUGGUAUCUGCACAGAUAUUCCAAAACAAGGGACAGUAUUGACUAUAUAUACUCUGUGUGACCGGCUCUUUCUAUCUUGGUAUCUGCACAGAUAUUCCAAAACAAGGUACAAUAUUGACUAUAUAUACUCUGUGUGACCGGCUCUUUCUAUCUUGGUAUCUGCACAGAUAUUCCAAAACAAGGGACAAUAUUGACUACAUAUACUCUGUGUGACCGGCUCUUUCUAUCUUGGUAUCUGCACAGAUAUUCCAAAACAAGGGACAAUAUUGACUACAUAUACUCUGUGUGACCGUCUCUUUCUAUCUUAGUGGUUUUUCAUUGCCUUUAAUCCUCUGGCAAACCGUAGGUUAAAAAAAAAAACCCCAUCAUUCAGCUCCAGUUUUAAUCUCACAGGACUUGAAAUCCUGCAGGUCCACCGAGGUGCCAUUAUGUGGGUAUAUUGAGGCAUAGCAAAUUGAGAAGGAAACAUUUAGAUUGUGCCGGAGCAUGACAGCUAAUAUCAGCAGCUUAUUACCACUUCCUACGUCCCUUCACCCAUUUACAGCAUUACAGAGGCUUGUGGCAAAUAAUCUGCUUCUUUAAUAGUUUGCCCUGAGAGCCACUUUGAUUAUUUAUAUAUAAUAUAUAUGAAAAAAAUUAUAAUUGUGUGUUUAUACGCAUAUUUCUUUCCUUAAACGGUGAUGACAAUGUUGAGGCUUUUAUCGGCUGUUAUAAGAGGUUACAUAUGACUGCAACGGUAAUGCAUUGGGUACAAUAGGGAAGCGGAGUAUGCUGGCUGUCUCCCAUAGCGCUAAUUGUGGGUAGAAUAAUUCAAUGGUAAUGGAUUACUGCUCUGCUUUAAAGUGCUUUUUUUCCUUUCUUUUUUUUCAUUCUUUCUUUCUUUUUUUUUCUUUUUUAUUCAAGUUUUGAAAAUGUAUUUGCUUUCCUGGCAGAUGAAGCUUAUUUUUAAAGUAAUGCCACGUUAUAUGCUACUUUUUGAGUGUUAAAUAACAAGUUAUUUUUAUAUGUAGCAAGAGCCCUUCGCAUUCGUCAUGUUGACUCCGCAUUAAAGAAAGCAGUAUUCUGAUUACUCGUUAAAAGUGAGCUGUCACAUAUAUGGAAGCUACACCAUACAAUAUUCAUAUGAUAUAUAUAUAUAUAUAUAUAUAUAUAUAUACAUAUAUAUAAUUUUUUUAUUAUUAAUAUUUUAUUUUUAACGUACGGUCAUGUCUUAAUGGAGCUCUCGUUCACUGUGAAAUGCAUCAGCUAUGUGAACGUUAUUUCCCUACAGUUUGUAAUGUUCUUUCCGUUCUUAUGGUUUUUUGUGAAAAUUUGAAUAUUUAAAAUGUGUGUGUUUGUGCUUGUAAGUUUACGGAGCUUGAUUCUUAAACCUGAUCUUUCCAUUGCUACACAGAGAUUAUGUUGUAGAACAUGCAAGACAUGGGUUCAUUUGCUAAACUGGUAAUUAUAGAAAGGAGUUGAGUUGUGACAAAGGUGUGUUUGAAAUUUUAGGCUAAAGUCGUCAAAUUGGAAAAAUUCUCCAUCUGAGCUAUUUUUCCAAUUAUGCAAGUGUAGAGUAAAACUAUCAAUUCUCUUGUUGAAGAGACACUCAAUGUCCUAAAUAAAGAGAUAAAAAUAUGUUUAGUAGAUAUGAUUUCAAUGAAAAAACAUGCAUACAUUUAAUUAUGCAUUUUUUUCAUUAGGAACAUAGCACAAAUUAACUUGUAAAAGCUGCAGGUUACUUGUCUGCAGCCUUUACAGGCCUUCCCAUUUUAACCCAGCCAAGACUUUCUGCAGCUGUCCAAUCACAGACUUCCUCAAUGAGAAAUCUUUGCAAGGCAGCUGCUCCUGGUAAUUGCUGUCUCUUGAGUUUAUCUCCACUGAGCUAAACAAAUCAGGAAGUAAUGGGACCGGUUGUCUGAUUGACAUCCAGGGGGUGUAACAAGGUCAAUUUAUAAAAGUUCAAAUUUCUAUUGAAAUUUGCACUUUUUGUGAAAUAAAAUAAAUGUAAACAAAACUGAAAAAAUAGGCCACUCUUCACACAUUAAGCACUUCAGCAAGCGUGUUCAUGUAUUUAUCAACAAAUCCUACUUGGUGACUGCCAACAGGGUCUCUCCAGUUUGGCGUGAGUCCUUCGAACUUCAGCUGUCACAUAGGUUUGCCUCAAGUGAAACUAAAGCGAAUAUAAUAUGUGGAUUUAGGUUUCUGUUAUUCAUAUAAUAUUUCUUAUAAUAACUGAGAGAACAUAGUUUUCUCUUUUCAUGAUGCAUCACCAAGUAAGAUGAUAAAGAUCACAUUCACUCUCUGCUCCUUAUGUCUGUUCUCCAUAGCCUAUUUGGUAACACAGAAGAGGAAUAUGUCCCAGACUCUGAGAGUGUCCGUCUGCAGCGGGAGGUACAUCACCAACCACAGAACUGCAGCCUUUCCCAAUGUUUCCAGCUGUAUACUAAAGAGGAGCAAGUGAGUGUCUGUCUGUCCUGUCUGCAGCAAUGCACGCAGUUUGGCCUUUUAUAUCAUGCGGUCUGUGUGUGUGCAUGCCUAAUGAGUUAACCACAUGCCCCCAACACGAAUAGAACUCUAACUCUUUAACUACUUAGAUUGUUCUAUUCAUGUAUGGAAUAAGUUAUUACUACAUUGCAUGAAGUUAGAAGAUUACUGCUUUCAGCCCUUUUCAGAUGAUUCCCUAUUUUAGCUGCACAGUAGGAUGGUGAUUUUAGGGACUUUGAAGUGUAUACUUGCUGAGUUUUUUUGCAUGCCUAAUACAAAGUAGGCUACUCAUAGUGAGAGCUGUGAAGAAGCGUUUAGUUACAGUUUAGAUAUAUUGUUCUUUGUGUUUCCCUUUUCUUGUUAUUUUUGGAGACGAUUGACUCUGACAAAAUGUUUUUUUUAUAGAAUAAUAGUGCAUCGCAGCAAUGCAGGAAGUGCAUUAUAUACACAUAUUGCCUUCAUAAUGAAUGUCAUUUUAUUUCCAUUUGACAUCCCUAGUGUGAGUUGAGCACGAACUCCAAUGUAGGUAAAUACUCUAUUUAGAGCUUAGGAGUGAUUUAAACAAAAUAUAAACCCAUACUCUUCACCCUAAUACUAGAUCCCCUGUCUCCACUGAUACCAAUUAAGACUUAUUGUCGAUCACCCACUUAACAGUGGGAGCUAAAAGGAGUUUAAGUUGACUGUGUUUUAGGGAAGGUGUGUGUAUGUAUGUAUGUCUGCUACAUCAUCGAUUACUUCUUACUUUUUGAACCAUUGCUUCUCAGGGUUUUUAAUAUUAUAUUACUUAUCCAUUAUAUGUUGUGAGGUGUGAAAAAUGAAAUGUAUAAAUGCAGACAUCUUGUCCUGGGAUAGCGUACUUCCAUGUUGGCUUCCUGUCCUUCGUUAUUUUAAGCGUUGCCGCGUUUCUGUCAUUGAUCAUAGUAAUGUGUGCCGCGAAUGUGCCUGGAAUAAACUGGAUUGUGAUCUCCCCCCCACCCCCAGUGCAGAAAGGCUCCUGUUCUGUUUCUAUACCCUGAUAUUUCAGAUCAGUAUUUUGCCAUAAAAAGUGUAAUAUUAAAAUUGUGUGAAGUUUCGUGUCCACAUGCAUUGUUUCCUGUAAUACGUUGUGUUGCUGCCUCUGCCGUUUUGCGCUUGUAAAUGUGCCUGCCUGAUUGCUUGUGCUGCCUGUUUGCAGCUGGCUCCUGGCAAUGCCUGGCGCUGCCCUCACUGUAAACAGCUUCAACAAGGCAGCAUUAAACUCAGUCUGUGGACCCUGCCUGAUGUGUUAAUCCUGCACCUGAAGAGAUUUCGACAGGUAAGCAAAUGCCCCGGAGCACUGCAUUACUAACACCUAAUAUCAGGGUUGCUUCUGGCUUUUUUUGCUGAUAAACCUUAACAAAGCACCAACUGAUGUAUUGCUAGGUGAUUUAGAAUAUAAAAGCCUACAUCUGCAAGCAUUGCCCAUCCGUAUAUCGAUAGAGAUUCUAAUGCGAAUAGCCUCUCUAAUGUGCCAAUCACACCAGGGCAGCUGUAACCUGUCUGCUUUUACUGAUACCAGUACACAACAGCAACCCUACUGAUAUACCAUCACAAAAAUAGAAACCCUAACCAACUUACUGAUACAAGAACACCACAGUAACCCUAACCAGCCUACUGACACACCAUCACAAAAAUAGAAACCCUAACCAGCCUACAGACACACCAUAGCAACCCUAAACCAGCCUACAGACACACCAUAGCAACCCUAACCAGCCUACAGACACACCAUAGCAACCCUAACCAGCCUACAGACACACCAUAGCAACCCUCCAACCAACAUACUGAUACACCAUCACACCAUUGCAACUCUAAUACACCAUCAUACCAAAACAACCCUAACCAGCUUACUGAUAAACCAUAGCAACUCUAACCAGCCUACGGAUACACAAUCACACCAUAGCAACCCUAACCAGCCUACUGACACACCAUAGCAACCCUAACCAGCCUACUGACACACCAUAGCAACCCUAACCAGCCUACUGACACACCAUAGCAACCCUAACCAGCCUACUGACACACCAUAGCAACCCUAACCAGCCUACUGACACACCAUAACAACGCCAACCAACAUACUGAUACGCCAUCACACCAUUGCAACUCUAAUACACCAUCAUACCAAAACAACCAUAACCAGCUUACUGAUAAACCAUAGCAACUCUAACCAGCCUACGGAUACACAAUCACACCAUAGCAACCCUAACCAACAUACUGAUACACCAUAGCAACCUUAGCUAUCCUACUGAUACACCACAGCAACCCUAACCAUCCUUCUGAUACACUAUCACAGUAUAGCAACCCUAAUCAUCCUUCUGAUACACUAUCACAGUAUAGCAACCCUAACCAGCCUAGUGGUACACCAUAACAUCACCACAAUUUUAACCAGCCUAGUGGUACACCAUAACAUCACAACAAUUUUAACCAGCCUACUGAUACACCAUAACAUGGUUGUCUCUUUUUGCACACAAGCCAAGUAAAAUAUAGAAUGUGAUUAUAUUUAUUUAAUUUUUGGAGUGAUCCUCUUUUUCUGGAAUUAGAACUGUGCCAUGAAAUGGCUUUGUAAACUUGCCUUUAGAUUUGACACUGUACCUAUCCAAGAUAAAAUGUUCCAGAGCAGUUAUAGCCUAACAUACAAAUGUAUAGCAUCCCUUCUAUAUACAGGAGCUAACUUUUAUGCAGAUUGACACACAGCUUUAUUGAAUCGUUGAAAUGUGAACUUGCAUUGGAUGUUUCAUACAGAGUGAUUGUUGGUUGAUGUUUCUACUAGUCAGGCCUGUCCAGAGUGCACUUAAUAAACGUAUUCAGUUUUAGGACUUGUCCUAGUGAACCUGACCAGAAAUUAAUUUCUAUGUGCGUGUGUGCUAUAUGCAGGGCAGCUUGUGAGGAAUCGUGUGCGUGAGUCUUUCUGUGGGUAAUUGUAUUUCUGUGCAGGAUGGAGAUCGAAGGGUAAAGCUACAGAACAUGGUCCGUUUCCCUCUGAUGGGGCUCGACAUGACCCCUCAUGUAGUGAAACGUAGUCAGAGCUCCUGGAGUCUUCCUUCUCAUUGGUCACCUUGGAGACGCCCCUACGGCCUGGGCCGCGACCCCGAGGAUUUCAUAUACGACCUAUACGCUGUGUGCAAUCAUCAUGGAACCAUGCAGGGCGGUCACUAUACAGGUAUUAAUAUUUGUACUUCAAAGUAAUAUUAGCAGAAUGUUCACUUGACUAAACUGACUGAAUUGCUAAACUUAGUUCAGGGUAGCCAAGGUACAAAAUCCCCCAAUUUAUUAAUUUUCCCAAAACCUGCUAUUUUGGUUUAAUAUAGGUUUGCCCAAAGGGGAACUUUGGUCGUUGGAAUUUAAAGGCUUGCAUAUAUAAUUAUAAUUUAUUGUUUAGGCGCCAGUUUAUUCCAUGGAGCAUGGAAAUUGCAGCAAAGAGUAUUUUAGAGUUGCAACAAGACAUUAUUUGGACAUAUUGUUACUAUAGCAGGGGAGCUUGUAAUCGGCGAUGGACAUCACGUUUCGGAAAAGUCUCCAGUAAGAAUGGAAUAUAUGCUUGAAAAAGAGUGAAUUUAUUGAUCAAAUAUGCAAAUACUCCUUGGCAAAGCAAGCACUGUUAUAGGGUUAUUGUGUUCUUUCUCGUGCAUGUUGUAAGUAUAAAAAUUAAGGAGCAAAUGAAAUGUUAAUAAAUAGAACUGGGAGCCAUAUUUAACUCUGCCGGAGUUAGUAUGACUGUGAUAAAGUAUGAUAAAAUAACUGGUAUUGUUUUUCUUUCACUCUGGUUAACUAUCCAUUUUUAUGUCAUUGUUGUUCUAUCCUCUGUUUCAGCAUACUGUAAGAACUCCGUGGAUGGACUGUGGUAUUGCUUUGAUGACAGCGAAGUGCAGCCUCUGCCAGAGGACGACGUGUGCAAGCAGACGGCUUACAUCCUCUUUUACCAGCGCAGGGCGGCCGUCCCAUCCUGGUCUGCAAACAGUUCUGUGGCCGGUACGCUUCUUUAGAUGCAGUACUUAAAUGUUCAUGGUAGGAUAAUAGCCUUUAAAAGUCCACUGGACAUUAUCAGCAUGCGCUGUCUUUUAUUUAUUUUGUUUAUUAAGAUUUAAUUAUAAAAAAUUUAAAAAUAUAUAUUUAAGUAUAGUUUUAAUGGAUGGUCCCUAUAUAUGAAACGAACAAUCCACAGUAGGUGGGGAAGGCACAGAGAAGCCAUCCCUAUGCAUUUCACACUGACUGUAGUGCUUAUUCAUAGUGGUUGGUUGCUCAUCAUUUCCUACCUUUAUCACAAUUGCAGUGACUGUAAGGGCUGCCAUUUCUUCAUUCCUCUGUUCAUUGCCAGGUUCCACAAGUUCAUCUCUGUGCGAUCACUGGGUUUCCCGUCUCGGUGGUAGCAAGCAACCGAGCAUAGCCUCUGCGGCCUCGUCCCGACGCACUUCGCUUGCAUCAUUGGCUGAGUCUGUAGAGAUGACUGGGGAGAGAAGCGAGGAUGACGGUAAGAGCACAGCGUUUUUUUUUGUUUUUCAUCUGAUAUCGACCUAUAGAUUUAAUGCCUCAUAAAUGGAAUAUUUCAUCGGUGAGGUUUCCGGUGUUUAACACUGGUUUGAACUAUUUUCAUAGGCUUUGAUCCAAAGCUAACAUACAUGUAUUUAUUUCACAUUAGAAACACAGCAGCCUAUAAUUUACAUUUAAAGGGAGAGGCCUCUAUUAAUUUCUCUAAUAAUUUCAUGUGUAUACCGUGCUAGCCAGUUGGAUAACAAACAUAGAUAUCCAUGUUUAUUUUUAAACAUUGGUAUUUCUCUCCAUAUUCAUUCUUAGCAAUGUGUCUGAAACAAUACAUUUUUUUGUUUUCCUGUUCAGCCCACCAUUUACUAUUAUUUUAAUAAAACUCCAUCACUGCACACAUUUAGUGAUAUGGUGCAGGCGGGGCAGGCUGUAGUAAUUACUGUUCUGUUAUGCAGAUGGUCGCUUCACUUUUCUGAUCUUAAAUAACGCCCUUUGAUCGAUUUAAGUCAAAGCUAGAAAGGGCUUUGUUUUGAUUUCAAACUAAAUUUGUUUCAUGAAAACAUAUCAAAGAAAUGCUCAUAAUUACAUGAUCAUGUUUUGCAGUCUGUCUCCAUAAAAGAGCAUGGUGACACUGUAACCAGUACAGCUCAUUGCAGUAGUUAUGGUGCAUAGUGUUUGGGUGCCACUGCCCCUAGGAUUGUAUCAAAAAAUCUUUGUGUAGUUUAAAAAAACACUGGGGCUCUCACAGUGGGUCAGGGGAGCUUGACAUUGGUUUCCUUUAAAUCAAGUAAACGGUGCCCAAAGAUAUAUUCACCAUGACCAGUACAUUGAGUCCAGUGGUUCAAUCUCUAGGCAGCAAAUGUAUUAAAAGCAUAGAAUUUUGUAGCUCUGCAAUGUAGAUCUUUUUAGAUACUGAGUUGUUCUCACAUUUGUGUGUUCCCAUCCAGGUGGCUUUUCUUCACGUCCGUUUGUUCGCAGCGUUCAGCGACAGAGUAUAUCUGGGAAAUCUGUCACCAGCCCACUUGUUGCUAAUGAAAAUGGAUUCCGCCCAUCAUGGUCCCUUGCAGCGAAACUCCACUUGCGGGCAGCCACUUCUUGUCGUCAUCCCUCUGACUCUCCAGUCCAUGGCUCAUCCCUCAGCAAGAUUGGGGAAGCAGACGACCACGUCUCCACUUCCUGUUUUGGAAGCCUGCGAAACCUGUCAGGGAGCUUUCAUGAGCACAUUGAGGGUGGAAGAAGAGAGAAUCGAGCAUCAUGUCGGGCCCCGAUUGCUGUGGCAGAUGGCGUCGCCCAUGGAGAACCGCUGGCCAAAAAAUCUGCUCCUGUGGAGUCAUUUGGAAAAAGUGCUGCUGAACUUGUGAGCAGGAACCCUCUCCUUGAUCCUCUAGAUAACAAUAACCAUAUUGCCUACGUGGAUCAAAGUGAUUCUGUAAACUCCUCCCCUGUACAUGAGAACCAUCCCCAGAGUGAGGAAAUACUGGGUAAAAAACUAAUUGACAGUAAGUCAGCAGUGGAACAAGAUAAAAAUGUACGUGUGCCGGCAGAGGAACCUUCUGUGGAAACACCUGCUGCUUCUGCAAAGCAAUGUUCAAAAACUAAAAGGAGUGAAAUGAAAACUCCUGUACGACGUGCAUCCACGCAGCAUCGGAAAGAGACGACUCGAACACAGGAUACUCCUUCCUCUGCUUCUCAGCAGAGACAGAGAUCAGUAAGUUCUGCAGUCAGUAGCACUCUUUCCCCAGCACCCAAGAAACCUGCUCAAUCUACAAAAACCUCAACUGUAUCCACCUCUUCUACCAAACAUCGAGCCCCGGAAAAGAGUCUAAGCAGAGAAGGGUCAAGGGUCAGUAUAGGUUCAGACAAAGUCUGUGCAUCAAAACCCAGCACACCCCGGGUAGCACCACCCAAAGCAAGUGAAAUGUCAACAGAGAGUCGGACAGUACGGAGUUCUUCUAUGGCCAGCCUUAGAACUCCCCAUAGUGCGGCAAGAUCUAGCCUGAAGCGAGACAGUAAGUCAGAGGACAAAGGACUCAGCUUCUUUAAAUCUGCUCUGAGGCAGAAAGAAAACAGACGCUCUGCAGAUUUGGGAAAGACCAGCCUGUUGUCUAAGAAACCUUCAGGAUCGAAGAGCUCAGGCCAGGAGAAGCCAGAGCUUGCUCCUCCUUUGAAAUCCACUGAGGUUGAUUCUAGCACCAAAAAACAUUCUUCCUUACCUGCACACAAAGCUAAGUCUUCCUCAGAUGAAAGACAAGUUCAGUCGUCAGACAGUGGCAAAAAGACUGCUGACAAAUACCUGAAAAGGUUUCCUUCUACGUCAAAGCCAUCUCCAAAAACUCAGUGACCAAGGGUGCAGGGGCAGCUGUAACUUGCGAUCUUUGUAGACAUGAAUGCAGAAGAGCUGUCCCUGCUUAUAACAGUUGUUGGAAAUAUGCCCAGUUUUCAGGUCUCCUGAAUUUUUAUUUUUAGUUUUUAUCUUGUACCUUUUUGGGAGACGGGAGAUCUUAUCUUUAACUCUUCCUACCAGUUCUUGCCGCAUGAACAUUGGCUUUUGUUGCAUUAAGGAUCAAACAACUGAUCGGCUGGCUGGAGAGUGCAGGACAGGUUCCACCAGCAGAAAAAUGCUUCUCAGCCAGUCCUACUGAAACCCGCCUGCUUGCUGUUAACUUUCAAAAAAGAAAGUUUAAAUAUAUAUAUAUACUGCAUUUAUGUACAGCAUAUAUAUAUAUAUAUACCAUUUAUUUUUUUCUGUCUUCAAAAUGCUGCUUUUUAUCUAUGCUUUCUUCCUUACCAAAGCCUCACUUACGAGUUGAGCACAAAACGUGGGUAAGAUGAAGGUUGAAUUGUUUUUCCAAUGCCAAACAAAGAGGGGACAAGCUAACUUUCUGCUCUCAUGUAUGCAUGGGAAGGUUUGUGUCCGUUAUAGCAUAGAUGGCUGAUGUUUUGGUCUGUUUCCACCACCGUUUUAUUCUUAUCAUAUCAUAUAUCGUAGUUAUUAAGAUGUUUUAUAGUUAAUUCAUUGGAGAUCUUUCCCUGUGCCAAGCAUGUUUUCAUGUGGGCAACUAAAGUACUCUCCUGCUUUAUGUAAUUAUGGCCUUUGAUAUUGCGCAUAUUAUUGCCUAUGUAGGCCUAUGGAUUAUGUUAGAGAAACUAAGCACUACAAACGUAUUCAUGUGACUACAGAGUUGGCUUCACUAGCCAUUGUCUGGGAUUGUCACGGUCAGUACCUGCAUUUUGCUCUUAAUCUCAAUUGUUUCUGCCCUAGAAGCAUCCUUUCCUCGUGCUUCAUAGCCUGAGAAGAACCCCCUAAUAGGCUCCUUGACAUGUUACUGUUUUUACAUUGGCUUUCUGCUUUCUCCGCCAAGGUGUCCACUGUCAUCUGUCAAGCUCUAGAUAAGAUAGAUAGUAAGAUCCUGCUGCCAAGCCAUGGGCCAUCUUCCUCUGAGCUCCAACUCUAUUUUAUGGACAUUUUAACAGUAUCUGCUACAUACAACUGCCAAGUGAAAUGCAGGUGCAGACGCCUUUAUGUAUAUCCGAACAAUGCCGGCAUGCCAUGUAUAAUACUUUAAUGAGCUGGGCCCUUCUAGUCUAUCGCAAGGGAAAUCAUUCGUCAUGGCUGCUGUCACUUGUGGUGCUUUCAGUAUUUACCAAUAAUGCUGUAUUUCAGAUUUAAGCAACAUUUGACCUCUCUGGAAAGAGAUCAGAGGUGUUUGGGGCAAAGAAACUGCCCAGAAUGUGUCACUUUGUGUUUAUAGUAAUUUGCAAAGCUAUUUUUACAGGGCUGUCUUUUUUUAUUUUUUUAACUUGUAAUUCUUCCGUCUCUGAAAGAGCGCACUAUUUAGAGCUUCUACACCACUACAAUUGCAGAAAAAGGCCAGCUUUCUAAUGUAUACCUUGCUGUGCGUCACAAUCGUCUUGGCAGUAAAGUGGCACUUAACAGCCGUUAUUUCUCCCUAGAAUUGAGUGUAAAUGCUGGAUAGAUGGGUUGUCAUUGAUGGUUUAACAAUACCAAAAACAAAAUCCUUCUUAAACUCACUGGAACAUUUUGAAAACAUCCUAUGAAAACUUUGUAUAUUCACUGCAAACCUCCCCCCACCCCCAAAGAAUCACAGAUCUGGCGAAGCCCUCCAUUUGGUAGCGUUAAAAAGUAGUGAGAGUUUUGCCAGUUCCUCUCCCCUCUAACGUAGCACACACUGGCAGAGACGUAGAAGCUGGACUUUACCUAUUUUAUUUUUUUUAAUCCUCAGGCACUAUUGCAUGGCAAAGUAGAAAUGGAAUGUGCACGCACUCGUAACCUAUGCAAGCAACCAUUGGUAUUUACCCUCUCGCACUCUCACUGCUAGCAAACUGUGUACAGUAAUCAUUGGUGUGUUCUUCUGCGUGUUUGGGGAUAGAAGGCUGAAUGAUAGAAGUCUUUUAUUUUUGUACUAGAGUGGUCAUUUAUUUGCACUUCUGGUUAGUGAUGACAAGUUGUCUUUAGAAUUUUAAACACAUAAUUGGGAGCUUGUAGAUGUGUACAAAAUCUUUUUUUUUUUUUUUUUAAUCUGACUAUAUAAUGCCAUAUUUUAGUGUAGACCAGAUAUGUAACCGUUAGAUGAAUGUCUGUUUAAAAAAAAAAAAAAAAAAUCUCUCUGACUUAUCUACCUAUCUGUCUCAUCUUUUUUACCUGUCCAUCUAAUUCAUCCUUGGACUUCACCAUAGUCAGUAGGGAGCUGGGUCCAGCAUUUUCCAAAUUACUCUUUUCACGUAAUUGCAGUUCCAAAUAAUAAAAGCAGUUGCCCCAUCCUUAAGGACACUUUUUCAAAGUUGGAUUUCUGGUUGGUAUUUGUAAUAGCGGGGCUGGUCAAUCUUUUUCCUCCAGCUGCAGUUAGCCGACAGAGAAUGAUGAGUGCCAAAAUUUCACCGUCACACUCUUGAGCCAUUGGAGCUCCCAUGAUGCUCCUUGCUAGUCAAAUGUACAAUAAACUUUGAUAUUGCUGCCAUAGAACUGCUUUCUACACCCUUACAGACUGAAUAUAAAACCAAUUAUUGGAGGUAUUAAUGCUCUCCAGCUUAGUCUUAUCUAAAAAGAUAAGACACUAUUCUCUCUUGUUUUACUUCUCUCCUUGCCCAUGCAGAAAGCGUAUAUGUAAAAUGUUCCUUUCUAGGGAAUUGAUUUGUAAAUUAAAUUCUUACGUCUAUCAGUUCAUAUAUUUUUUAUUUUUUUAUGCUUUUCAUCAAUAAUGCAUUAAAAUAGGCAUUAGAAUACGUAGAAAAUAAUGGUUACAAAACAUAUACCCCCCCAUUUCAAUUUGCUGUAAAUAUAAAGGUUUUGCAGCUUCUGCAAUAAGCUCUCUGCAAACCAGGAAAUGGCCCAGUCAUUAUGCUCCUUGAAGAAUCAUUAGAAUUGCCAGGCUUAGCCCAUAAGUAAUGCUUCGUGGGUGUAGCAAGGGUUUCUGUGAGUUGUCAAUCAGUUGUAGUUCAGCUGUUUUAUACAGUACAAAACACACAACUCCCAAAAACAGUCACACCGUGUACAGCAAAAAAAAAAAGAAAUCUUUCAGGUUGCAAGGGAGUGGGCAGAAAUAUGGUGGCCUUGUUUAGCAAAACUAUAUAAAAAAAUGUUUGUUUUUUUUUUUUUUAAAUCACUUAGCCUAUCCUAACAAACUAUUAGUUUCUGCCCUAGUUCCAAAUGCAUAAAAUUGGUUAAAGGUUUUUUUCAAUACCUCCUUUGAAACAGAAUUGGGAAAUACCUAAAAGUUGAAAUGUUGUAAUGCCUUGAGAACAGGUUAGAAACCAGUAAACGUCUUUACACAUCGUAUCCAACACAUGUGAGUGCCUGUAGAGCUCGUUUAAUUGUCAGCUUUUGUUCCUCCCCCCUCCCCUUAUCUGUGCUUAUUUUAUAUUUUGCCUAUUCCAGCUAUUUGUUUUUGAAUGUAUAUGGUCCAUAUGACAUAGUCUGGCCAAUAUGCUGCAGUAUAGUGACUGCAAGGCUUGACGCUAUUGAUAUCUGUUGACUAUAUUUAGCUGAGAAUCAUGGGAAAUUUAGUUCACAAAUGUCUUGUUGUGACUUCACAAACCCCUGCAGUGGUAAAGUUAGCUGUUACUGCAUUUUUCAUAACUGUAUCCUUCAGAAACAAUGAUCCAAAAAAACGCAUCCAACUUAAAUUUACAUUGGUUAUGCAAGCUAUGCUUCUUCACACCACAUUGUUCCCCAAAUACCUCAGAAAGGCUUGUUAAUCAGUAAGUUGUCGUUGUAGAUUAUGAAAUAUGUAAAAUAGUUGGCACUGAUAUUCUUUGAUAUUUUUUUUUUGAUUUUUUUUUUCCGUUUGUUUUGUUUUUUACAGCACCAGUGUACAACACUAAACAUAUUUAUAUGUCUUUUUGUUUUGUUUUUUUUGUAGCAUUUUCAUAAGAGUGAGGAAAAAAAACACAUAAACUGCUGCUAUCUCUCUCUUUACCCAGUCUACAUUCCAUCUCACAAAAUUCUAAACAUUCUAUUUGCUUCAUUAAGGGGUUUUCAACAUGCUGGUAAUUGUAGUGACUCACUAAAUCUGCAAAGCAUUAAAUGCAGCACAGUAACAGCUUCUAUACUAUCAGCGAGAACUACCUCGAGUGCGGAUCUUGCAGAACAGCUCUUUAUAGCGUUAAUCAUAGGGACUAGGUAUUGCAGGCAUCAGCCUUUCAGUACGGCUAUUUCAUCUAAUCAGUCUCUGAAUAUGAUAAUAUGACAAGUUACCACUUCUCUGAAAUAAUCUCUUGAGCAAGGCUGCCUGUUUUACAUAUUUAUGAGUUUCUCCAUGUUUGCCAUAAAAUCUUUUCCUUACUUUUUCUACUGGGCAGAAUUCACAUGGUAAACUGUGUUCCAACACAGAACUUUUAUAGAACUAGCCAAGAAAAAAGACAAGUUCAGACCACCUCAGGUUUGGAGGGACUGUAGCCGUUGUAAGUGCAUCAUCUCUUUGAAGUGGUUAUAGUGCCUGGAGUCUCCUGGCGCCAUCCUUCCAGUUAUUGUUGAACAUUUCUUAAUGUUUUAAUGCUUUUUAAGGUCCCCAGCAGACUGUCCUCGCUGUGCUGCUUGGGCUAACAAGGAAGCAUUAGCUUGAGCAGCUGUGAUUGGCUGAGAGUGUCAACUGACUGCUUUAAGCCAAUCACAGCACCCAUUCAGGUAUAAACUGGUAUGGGUAGUAGGAAGUGUGUAAUCUCUGCCUUAGCCACACCUCCGGUGGGAGCUGGGUUGUGGUUGUCCAGGGAUCUUAUUUAGUGUUAAACUGCUCAAACAUUGUUUAACACUGAAUGGAGUGACCGUGCCAGACACUAUAAUCAAUUCAAUGAGAUGAAAUGGUUAUAGUAUUUACAGUGUGCAUAGAGUUGGGGGCAUUUACCUGGAAAACUGGCAAUUUGCUGGACAACCAAUAGUUUAUAGGUCAUAACCAUCACCUUUCCAAGUAUUAAACACAGCUGGCUUUGUACUCAAGGAGUUUGUUUGGUUUUCCCCCAUAGGUGGUUUCUAGGUUUUGAUGUGAUUGGUUGGUUGAAUACCAUUCAGGUAUGAUCUUAAAGUAAUACUGUAAUACAAGAUAAUGGGUUGAAUUUAGUCGCUUUCAGUGUAGUUCAUGCCUGUUCAUCUCAUGCCGGUCCCAGCUUACAUACACUACCAAUGUCCAUGGACAUAGCACACUCAUUGCAUUUUUAUCAUGUAAAUAUUAUGGCCUUUUCUCUUACUGUUUUUGCCUGAGGUAAAACUGUCAAAUUGCCUCUUUUUUUCUAAAUUGCUAAUACUAUAUAAUUGCUAUAUUUUUUUUUUGGUUUUUUUUUUAUUACAUUUUAACUGUUAUGGUGUGCAGUAUGCAUCAUUUUGUUCAUUGUCAUAUGUUCAUUUUUUAUUUUAUUUUUUUACUUUACCAAAACCUUAAUUAUGCCUAGGUUUGUUUUUUGAGUGUGUGUGUGUGUGUGUGUGUGUGUAUAUAUAUAUAUAUAUAUAUAUAUAUAUGUGUAUAUAUAUUCAGGUGUAAUUUAUUUGCAUUUUCCUGCAGUCUCUUCCUUUCUUCCCUCCAGUGAUUUAAUUUUAAAGGGAAUCUCCAAGCACGUUACCACUAGUGACUAUGGUGCUAGGACCCUCUCGGUGCAGUCUUUUUUUUUUUAAUUUUAUUUUUUAUAGAUUUUGUCAAACCAAUUUCAAGCAGUUUGAGAGAAAAAAAAAAUGGUCCAAGUUAUCACAGAAUCCAAAGCUUAUCCCGUAUGGAUUGGCUACCUGUACAAGUCAUUUGGACAUGUAAUGAGGAAGCUAAACUUGAUUCAUAUGACGUCUCAGGCUGAGAGGGUGGCCUGUGGGUGCUGCGGAUUUCUCCGUAUUUUAAACAAAACCAGACAGUAUGCACCCAUAGAGUUGUUACACCAUAACCACCACAAUAUGCUGGCUUUGCUAUGGUUCCUUUUCAAUAAUAUUAGGUUUUAUCUUAAAGCUUGUCUGCAGAGACCAUCAUUUUUUGCUUUCUGUGAUUUACUUUUUUAUUUUAUUUUUAAUGUUGGCAGGAUAUAGAUCACUCAGAUUUAUAUGGUGGAGAGCAACAGGCACUCUUUAGAGUAUGAUGUAAUUUAAUAAAGCCAUUUGGAUCUCAGGAAAAGCUCAGGGCCACAGAAAUUCCCUUGUGCUCCAUAUGUGGUCUGCUGGCUUUUAGCAUCGAUCGAGCUCGCGCAUUCAGACAUUACAUGUACCUCACGAGCACUGCCAGUUCUCAAGGUCUGAUCAGAUUAGUACAGGCAGUGUGGACAGCCCCAUCCUGUGUAUAUUGGGUACAGCAUGAGAGCAAGCGUCAAUAGUGCAACCCAUCACACAUGGCCUUGCUUAACGCAGCUAGAAUCCCAGUAUGCACAGCUGCCUUUGUUAGUCCAUCAUCUCCCAUCCUCCAGCACUGUAGAUACCUGGGACAUUAUUUACUAGACCUUGGGUUGAGGUGGGUUGACAAUAAAACCACAACAAAAUAGUUAAAUUUCCCCCCAUUAGUAGUUAAACCAUUUUUUUUAAUGGUUUGACUUCUUACCUGGGUUUUGCCUCCACUACUGAAGGAGAGCUGGAAGCUCCUAAUCUCUCCUGAGAUAAUCUCAUUGAGCCAGCUCUUUAAAAGAGGCUUGUCAGCUGACUGCUCUCAGCCAAUAAACUAACCCCUGCCAUAACCAGUACACUGCGCUGUAGUAGAUAUGGUGCUUGAAGUGUCCCUGUAACAAGAAGUCACAUUUUAGGUUUUUCUAGCCGUUCUCAGCUGUUCUAGAUCACCUUUGGGCAAAACAGGUUAUCUUUGGUUAUUUAAUGGCGUUUAUUCAUUAAACUGAAAAUGUGGAGAAUUGACAGGGGAAUAGUAAAGUUAGGGAUAAAACAGGUCAGUUAUUUAGAAAAUAGAAGUUGGGCACGUUUUACAGUUUGGUUUUUUGUUUAAAAUGUAUAAAUUCCCUUGUUGAUUCACCAGAAUCCAAUGUUUAAUGAGUAAUCCCAGCAGUCUUUAUUUCUUGGGUUAUAUAGCAGUGUAAACCUGCCCUGGCAGACGUUAUUGGGUAUUUGGUAUUAGAAAACCUUUCUGAGUGCCCUCCAACUCUGCAUGCAGAAUCCGCAUCACCUCCCCAUGUGUCUGGCUUUCAUUAAUGAUCUGCUCUACUGAAUGCAGCUUCACUUCAUUUUCUCAUUAGAAGUCUUCAGGAAAUUGCUAUGUACGCCUUUACUUUGAGAACUUGUUACGAAUGCUGCUUGCUUGUCACAAGUCUCCUCUUUUUGCCUUUUUUUAAUGCUUACACUGGAUUUAGGAAUCUUCUGUUUCCUGCUGCUGUCUUACGCUUUCCGACCUUAGCCCACCUCUCUGUCCUGCCUGCUAAAAAGCAGCUGUCUCCUAGCGCCUUCAGUGGCUUGGUGGGAUUUAGACAUAUCCGGAUUGCCCUGCGCAGAUUUGGAAAUGUGAGGAAAGCGGAUCUCGAACCGUUUCUUUAAGGUUCAGGUGGCUACGUUUUUUUGUUUUUUUACAAAUGCAGGUUCUUAAGUAAUGUAUGGUCUGGUGCAUGAUGGUGUAACAAUGCCUUUUUAUUUAUUUCUAUGUUUAUUAUUCAAGGUGUAUGCACUUUUAAUAUGCAGAAUUUAUAUUUUUUACGUUCAAGAAUGCUUCUUUGUGGGGGACACGUUUGAUAACCUGUAGUUGAUAUUAUAAUGCAAAAAUAAUUAAAAAUAAAAGCAUUAAAAUGGUAUUAAACAGUCGGGGCAAUGUGUGAUUUAUUCUUGUAGCAGAG